AUGGAACCUUUCCUGGUAACAGUCAAGGUCUUCGGUGCCGACCACCGAUACUCUACACCUAUGUCCGAAGUUUAUGAUGUACUGGACCUAAAGAUCUUCUCCAUCUCCGCUUUGCAUGAGGAUUCCCAGCAUCUUCAAAAUCCCCUUAGAAAAGCAUUGAUUCUAUAGAGAAGCUCUAGUGCGCAUGCGCCAUUGGGUUCCUUCAUUGAUAUGUCGUUGCUUAAGUAGGAGAGCAAUCCAGUGCCAAGGGACUUCUAUGCUGAAAUUAAGAUGAGUGUUAAAAUGGUUAUUAACCCUUUCAUGAGAGCGGGGGUGUUGGGAGCCUAAAGUAAUAGGGACAGGGGCAGACUGUAGCAUUAAAAAUACUGUUUUGUUUUCCUAAUGCUAUAGGGUUCCUUUAGGAAGUUUUUCCUUUUUUGCAGCAUAAUUGGAAAGUUGAAUCAGCAGCGAAAAGAUAUUAUUAAAGAACCACUAUAGUGCCAGGAAAACAAACUUGUUUUCCUGGCGCUCUAGGGUCAUUAUGUCCCUCCCCCACCCUCAGGGCCCCUCUCAUGCUGGGCUGUGGGGGUUAAAACCUUUUCAACCACUUACCUUUUCCAGUGCCGGGCUCCCUUGGCGCUGGGGAACUCUCCUCCUCCUGCCGAUGUCCGCAUUCAAACCGCCAGCGUCUUCUCACUGUGAUUUUCACAUUGAGAAUAGCGGAAGCGCCUCUAGCGGCUGUCAGUGAGACAGCCACUAGAUGCUGGAUUAACCAUCAGUGAAACAUAGCAGUUUAUCUGAAACUGCUAUGUUUUCAGCUGCAGGGUUAAAACUAGAGGGACCUGGCACCCAGACCACUUCAUUGAGCUGAAGUGGUCUGGGUGCCUAUAGUGGUCCUUUAAUGUAUAACAAAGCAAGCUGUCACAAAUAUUAACUGUAUAAUGCCAUUUCUAACAUCCCUUGUUUUUGAGUAUCAUUAUAUUAUUUGUAUUUAUUUCACUGAUAUUAAACACAAUAUCUCAGAUUACAUUCAUUUUCAAUCUUUCAGGUUUACGUGUAUGAGUAUGAUACGAAUGUUAAAGCUGUUGAAAAACCUAGGCAUUGUUUGCCGUAUGCAAUAUUAUCAGCAAGGUUUGUGGGUCAGAAGCCAGCUACUGUCACAUCAACUACACCAAUAAAAUUCUACAACAAGCCAUUUACUGCUGGUAAGCUUUUGUUAAUUUAAAGUGGUAUGGAGUUAUUAAAUGAAAGCAAGGCAAGUACCUAUAAGAUGAUGUUUGUUUAUGCACUGUAAGAGCCUUUUAGAAAUGAGAGAAAUUUACAUUUUAAAUUAUUCUGAGUCUUUAUAUACUUUUUUCCUUCAGGAUGUUGAUAGAUGUUUAAUCCUAUAUUCUCCGUCUGAGUGCCUUGAAGGGUUACUGCAAGCACCAUUCCCACUUCAGUGAUUUGUAGUGGUCAUGCUGCCUGAAAUCUGUAUAUGCAGUGUUUCACUUUAACUCCAUCUCCAGCAGUAUGAUUGAGUUGUCAUCAACCAGUCAGAGUUGGCUUAUGUCAAUUCAGUGCAACUUUUGUUGCAUGGAAUGUCGGUCAACUGAUGCUUUCAGGAGGUAAAUGGCAUGUAGCACUCUACCACCAGGGAGCAUAGAAGCCUGGCGAGGAUCCAGGUAAGGUGGCAAUUUGUUGUUCCUGGAUAGCCAUGCCAGGGUACUCCUGGUAUUAUAAACACUACAGUGGACUGUUGUGGUUAAGAUGCUUGGAGUCACUCUUUAACAUAAGAUAUUUAACUUUAAUUUACAACUUAUUAGUUAUUGACUAAUUUAGUAGUCUACCUUAUCUUAAACGAUAGGACCAGAGUUAUCAUUAUUUUUUUUUAAUAUAAAGUACCAGCAUACUCCUCAGCACUAUACCAGUGGCAACAAGGCAGCUUUGGCUUUUUGGAAAUUAAAAUGGUAAGGGACUGUGCUCAAAACUGCUAACAGUAUAAAGGAAAUCAGGUCAGAGUACACAAGGUAAUUGAAAAAUAAAUUUUGUUCAAGGUAAAAAUUAAUUGCUGGUUUUAGUGAAAAUAUAAAUUUGUAAAGACUUGUUUAGAUGAAAAGAAGAAAUCGUGAAUAGUGAAGACAAAAGGGAUGGGGAAAUAAGGUAAUUAUUUGAUAUGCCUUUUUAAAGGAAACCUCCAAACACCAUAACCAGUACAACGUGCUUAUUUUAUGAUGUUUUUGAUAUUUUAAUAAAGAGCCUUGAUCACCCUCUACUUUGUGUGCCUAGAUUAUAUUGAUCAUGUUACCCCAAUGUAAGUAGUCAAACCAUUUGCUAACAGUUUGAUUUCUUACCUGGUGUUUACCAGGUGCUGCUUUCUGCCUCAAUGUGAGCCAGAAGCUCUGAGCUCUGAGCUAAGCCUGCCAAUGCAGGACUUAGCUUGUUGGCAGAGCGCAGUCAACUGAUGCCCUCAGCCACUGAUCUUGCUCUGCGCUUCAGGGUUUAAGUCCGGAGAGCUAACAGAACUUCCUAGUAGGUGGUGCCAUUUCUCAGCAACAGAAUGGAAGAUGCAAAAAACAGCACACUGCAGACACCCAGUAAUGAAACUGUUAGAAAAUGGUUUCACUAGUUACAUUGGGGGUAUGGGAGUUAACCAGGGCACUCUUGACAUCAAAUCCACUGCAGUACACUUGAAGUGUUCUUUAAGUUUUCUAAAAUGAGCUGAAAAAAAUUAGACUGGAGAGGGAAAUUCCAUAAGAGUGGCGCACCCCCAGAGAAGUCCUGUAAUUGAGUGUUGGAGGUGCAAGUGUGAAUAUAGGACAGGUGUAGAUAUGUCAGAUUGGACUUACUUGUUUAUACUGUUACAUAGAGUUUUAGAAGUAAGAUUUAGGGUUUUAAAUUGAAUCCUAAAACUUAUGGGGACUGUUCUUCAGGACUGACAGAAGGUUGACGUUUGGUGGGAACUUGAAGUCAGAAAGGCAAGUCCAGCAGUAGCAUUCACAUCAGGUCCCAUGUAAGAUAAAUAGGGAAAAAUUACUUAAAUUUAUGUAUACAUCUGUUGUGCUUGGGCUUGCAGGCCCCAAAGAACGAAGGACUGGAAGGUCUCGUAUCUGUUUGCAUGUUCAGUAUGGCCGUAAUGAGUAGUUUCCCAGGACAUAAAUCGUGGUAUUCUCCCUUGUUAUUCAAAUAGCAGAGAGGGGAGUCCCAUAGCGGGUCCUUAUGGCUCAGGUAUUUUAACAACCUAGAGUUGUAAGAACACAAAUAGAAGGGGGGGAAAGAUGAUGGAGAGAGAGGGGGACGAUGACCAUGAGGUGGUGGGUGGUAUCGCAUCUUGGUCAUUGUCGGUGUCAUUGUAAACUCAUCCGGUCAUCUCCCAUGAAAGUCAAUUCUGAAUUCACUCAGUAUCUCAGUUUGUCUGGGAAGUCUGCACAGGCUGUCGUCAGUAGCCAGUGUUUCCAUGUAGUUAUGUAUGAUUGGUGUGUAUCGGCUGCGCUAGUGUGGAGGUCCUCCACAGACCGUAGCUCCUCCAUCUGGGAGAACCAUGAGGUCAGUGGUGGGGUCACUGUCUGUUUCCAAUAUUGUGGGAUCACCAUUUUGGCUAUGUUCAGCAUCCGGAUCAUGAGAUAUUUUUUUAUAAAGGGAUCUAGGGAUCUUGGUGUGGUGUAGCAGCAUUGCUGCAGGUUCGAAGAGGGGUGGGCAGUCGGAAAAUAACUGCAACAUAACAGAAUUGGCAAUUUUUUUGAGGGGGUGCGUGUACGCUGUCUCUUGUGUUUUGCUAAAGCUGGAGCAGUAAUGUGUGAGGUAGCACAUCUUUUCCCACUCCGCAUCAGUAUAAGUGUGGUGGAGGAUGGACUCACAUUUGCCAAUAAAUCUUGUUUUUUCGAUCGGGAUUUGUGUUUGUAGCAUGGAGUAUAGGAGGGAGACACCAUGUGUCACAGGGUCUGAGUUUAGGCAUAAGGUUUUGAACAGUGUGAGGCCCCAUGACAGUGCCUUCCUGGGUGUGCCUACCUCUGUCUCCUCUGCCUGUUUCCACAGCUUGCGUACUUUUUGCUUGGACCACUCCGUCACCCGUAGGAGAUGGCAGGCCGUGUAAUAUAGGGAGAAGUCUGGCAUUGCCAGACCUCCUUUAUCUUUGGGUUGCAUAAGUAAGGCAUAUUUUAGCGUGGGUCUCUUUCCAUUCCACACAUAAUUACCCAGUACUAAGCGCAGGGAGGGGAAAAAGGAGCGUGGAAGAGAUAUGGGGAUGGCUUGAAAUAAAUACAGUAGGCGCGGGAGGAAGUUCAUCUUGGCCACCUGUAUCCUGCCCAACCAAGAGAUGUGCGGGUAGGACCACUCCUGCAUUUCCGUUCAAAAUGCUGCGAGCCUAGAUAUCUGAUUUUAUGGUCUGCCCAUUGAAAGUUGUAAUUCUGGCGGAUCAUGUCUGCCCUACCCUUUUGUACACUGACAUUCAGAAUGAACGACUUAAUCUUAAAUUAAUCUUUAGGUUAAACAGUGUUCCAAAGUCCCUGAAGCCUUUAGGAUGUUAGGGAGUGACACUUCCGGGUUUGUGAUGUAGAAGAGUAAAUCAUCUGCAUAUGCAGUGAUCUUAGGGUGUGCGUUUCCUCUGGUCCGUAUUGGUCCUGUAUCUUAGUCGGUAGUCUGUGUGCUUCCCAGAGUAUCGUCGGGGAGGUAUGGUCUGGUGUGUUAUUUGUGAAGUUUCCUGCAAAACUGUCCUGAUGUCUGAUUUUACUUCCGUCAGAGAGAGCAUGUAGUCGUUAAGGCGCCACUUGGUCACCGUCUGUCUUUAGAGGGGAGAUGAAAGCGUGAUGUCACUGGAGCGUGGUCGGACCACGUAGCAGUGUCUUGUUCAGCUUGUAGGACUAAAGAGAGAUGGUAAUGUGACAUGAAGAAAUAAUCAAUGCGCGUGUAGUAGUUAUGCAGGUGGGCGAAAAACAUGCAAUCUCAUUCGUCUGGGUGGUUUGCUCUCCAGCAGUCAAUGAGCUGGGCCUUAGCUAGGAGAGAUUUGGUCAUGGAUAUGUAGUGGGCCAGGACCUGGGAUGUGCCUGAGGAGUAAUCCCAUUUUGGGUUUAGUGUCAAGUUAAAGUCUCCCCCCAGGAUUAAGACCCCCUCUGAAUUUUUGUAGUUUGUGGAGUGUACGGGAAAGAAAUCUAUAUAGAAAUCUAUUUGGUGUGUAAAUGUUAGCGAAGGUGUACGUCCUUCCCGCGAUCUUGCCUUUUAGGAAACGGAACCUACCAUCCCUGUCAGAACCUCAUUCUACAAGAAGGGUACCCUCCUACAUAUUAGGAUUGCUGUGCCUCUGGCUUUGCACCCGUGAUAGUCGCUGAAAUAUCCAGUGGGAUAUUGGUGGUUAUGGAGUUUGGGUCUUGCCCCUUCCUUAAAGUGUGUCUCUUGGAGAAAAUUGAUAGACGCCCUGGAGGAAUGAAAGUCUCGCAGGGCACUCAACCUUUUUUCUGGUUUGUUUAGUCCUCUAGCAUUAAUAGAGUCUAUUGUGAGGUUGGCUGAUGUCAGGCACAUGAUUGUCGUUUGUGAGUGUCGCUGAGUCGUCAGUAGUCAACAGUCGGGGGGAUGAGGAACUUAGAGGGGAUGGGGGAGUGCAGAAAGAGAGUUAAGAAGAAAACAUUAGAACCGUCACUUGGCGUGAUGUUGGAAUAGGAGCGUCGGGAAGCAGCUAUGCCCGAACCCACCUGUGGAUUGAGAUGCUCUGUCCCGUUGGAAAGUGGAAGGAUGCCAAGAGCCUCCGAGUGAAUCGGGGUCUCGCGAGCAGGGUCCGCUCUCAAAUAGGUCCCCUCUCAAAAUUGUUUCCCCCUUAUGGCUCUGGUGGAUAUGGUUAAGUUGCAGGUAUCCUCGCCAGAGCAAGCAUGAAGUAUUUGUGCUAGUAAGUAGGAGCAUGGUACAUUUGUAGUGUAAAAGUAAACAACAUAUAUGCGAUAACUGUCUAACCAAUAAAACUUUUCAAGUUAAUAAUUAAACUCAGCAGGCCAUGGGUCCACCCUGGCCCUGAGUUGUUAGUAUCAUGGUGGCUUGGGUAUUGUUACUCAUCCCCUGCCCUCGCUCAGAGGUGGGACGUACUUCUCUCGACGCCGCCCCCGCCUCUUAGACCGUUUAUACUUGGUAUGCCCUGUGCGUGGAUAUGUGUGACUUUCCUUCCCCCCAUUCCUCCCCCCUUUCUGGGCUCCUGAGAUACAGAGAUCCGUGAGUGGACCGAGCACGCAGACUAAACGUAUGAGUCCCUGGGGUCUAAGGCCUUCGUUUGAGGAUAGUUGCAGUUCGGUGUCUGAAGUAGAUAGCAUCAUAGUUCGUUAGCCGAAGUGUGGUCCCUUUCCGUGGAUGUGAUCAAUAAAGUCCCUAGUUCGGGGUGUGAGUAGUUGCGGUCGGUGCUUUUGACAGGUGACAAAGCCGUUUACAGGUCUACAUGUGGUUUCAUUUCGUUGGUGCUGACACGAACGUCACAGUUAUGCUGUGUGCAGGAUAAUGCACACUGCAUCACUGCAAAAAUUGUUCAGUAAUAUUUUGAGAACACAACAUUUGGCCUCGAAAUUCCCAAUAUUUCAAUACAAUUGAACAUCUGUGGGAAUUUGCUGGAACAACAAAUCUGACCCAUGGAGGCCCCACCUAGCAACUUGGAGGCCUUAAAGUAUCUGCUGCUAUGGUCUUGGUGUUAGAUACCACAGGAUACACUCAGAGGUCUUGUGGAGUCCAUGCCUUGACACAUCAGAGCUGUUUUGGCAGCACAAGGGGGACCUAGACGCAAGGGUUAGGUAACCGUCAACACUCCAUAUGUUGUGAAUUACAUCUCCCAUAAUGCUCUUACAACCAUUAUGCAGGCAAAGCAUCAUGGGAGGUGUAGUCCAAAACAUCUGGAGUGCCAAAGGUUUCCUACCCCUGCCUUAAACCAUACCUACAUUUAUACAUUCCUUUUCCAUGCAUACUUUCUUUCACAUACCAGUAUUACUUCCAUCAAGCUACUACCUCAGUCACAAUUUUUUAAUGCAACUACUAUUAUUUCAUCCUUCAUACUAGGGGUAUUCAACCUUCAGCACUCCAUUAUAUCUCCCUCCAUUAAUAGGAUUUGUUACAUGCAGCUGUGUACUGAUACAGUGAUAGGAGUCCGUGCCUGGAUGUAGACCUGUCAUUGCUCACCUCCGAGGAGUACAUAGUAAGGACAGCCUUCGAGAUUCUCAGGGAUAUGCACUGAAAAAAAGUCAAAAUAUAGAAAUGGCAAAUUGAAGUGGGGCUGAACAACUUUUCCAUAUUUAUAGAAAAUACUUUUCUUAAUAUCUGUAAUAACUGGUCUGUGUUUUCUCAGUUGAAUAAGUCUUUUAUAUAUAGAUAUUUCUUCUUUGGUUAAUGGCCCGUCAGGUUAAUAUACAUCUAUAUAAACCAAAAAGUACUAAUAUGCAAUCUGACAUUCUUUAUAAAAAAUAUGCAUUUAUUCUACUUCAAAAGCAAACAAUAAUAUACUUAACAGGUGGUAUUUCUAAACGACGUUACAGAGAGUGAGAGAUCUUAAGUAGUAGUUUUAAUAUCAGCAAGUCAGGAACACACCAGGAGAGGAGAGCGGAUCGUAGGAGGAAGAGAGAGCGUGGUCUUUUGACCUCAGUCUUUUAUAGGCAAAAUUACGUCAUCGUCAUAACUUUUAAUUUAGACUCUGGCCACAUAAGAAAACUCCCCAAAUAAGGACCUUACCCCCAAUCUCCCUAUACAGAACAUUCCAGAGUCCUCAUCGUACAGAACAGCAAACACCAUCUGUUCUUUUUAACCCAUUAGACAGCCACACAUUAAUAUGUAUUUGAAUAGGAACAUAUAGAAUAUGAAAUAUUCUACAAUAUCUCACUGUGUAGAGAUGACAGGGUGAAAAAAGGAGUAUAAAAUAAUGUUGCUUGCUGACAGUGUGGUGCUUCCUCUAACCUUUCCUCUCACCCAAAUUCAUAUGCCACCCGGGUGGACUUUGGAUCCCUAAUUAGAUUCAAAAUGAAGUCCUGUAAGCUGGAGUACCAGCUCCGUCUACUUCAAGAUGUGGAAUCACACUUAUGGAAGCUCUUCUAAUUUAAAUUACCAAUAGUUUGCAAUUCUCUUUACAGAUUGGUCCAAGAUGAGCUUAGCUGUAACAAAUGGCCUAUUUGCCCUAUUUCCCUUUCUCCAUUCGAGAACUCACAGCACCAUUUUGUUACUAUCGCUAGUGAUGGAAUGCACGCAGGUGAAGAAGAACUAGAGUGUGUGUAGUUCAUAAUGCCACUACCCAGACUCGCAGAACCAGGGCGAAUGUAUGAUGAUCUCAGGACAGUGUUACAUUGUAGACCUGUGUUCUACCUUACUGUAACAUGUAGGAUUGCAGGAGGGAAAUGGAACAGCUAUGCUAAUUAUUGUAAAGUGCGGUGGAAUAAGUUGGCACUAUAUAAAUACCAAUGAUAAUAAUAGUGCAUGUGUAACGUGUUCAGUUACUCAGAUAGCUGCCAGGAUGUCUGAUAGGACUAGAAAAUGUACCUAAUUGUUAGCAAGCCAUUGUAAGAUGUUUAGCCAGCACAGUGGGAGGUGGGACUGAGUCAACAAUGUGCCUAUUCUGUGAAUAGACAGUGAGGUGAGAGCAUACAAAAUAGUGUAUAAUUAUUAAUAUUAUUAUUGCCAUUUAUAUAGCGCCAACAGAUUCCGUAGCGCUUUACAAUAUUAUGAGAGGGGGGGAUUUAACUAUAAAUAGGACAAUUACAAGAAAACUUACAGAAACGAUAGGUUGAAGAGGACCCUGCUCAAACGAGCUUACAGUCUAUAGGUAACACACACAUGCUAGUUACCAUACAACAACCUAAAAACACAAAGAAUAAGAGAUCAUAGUAUAACCUGUAUAAGUAAUUGUAAAAAAUAAAAGAAAUAUUAUCCCACUCACGUGGUACUGAGCCGUUUAAAGCAGGCUCAGACUAUAAGCGACUUAUGGGUAUACAAAGAUGGUUGCUGAGAUCAGAUGCUGGAAAUUGAUGGUUAGAUGUACCACCGAAUGUUGGCACUUUCCCUUAACAGGUGGUAGACACCAAAUAUAAGAGUGGUUGCAGGAACACACUUUAAUUAAAUUCGAUUUAAAAGAUAUAUAAAACAGCAAAAGUAAAAGAUCUCCUGUGAACAACCGCACUAACGCGUUUCGACCACUGUCUUUAUCAAAGCGCUUCUCAAUGUAUUUGACUUACAGUUCUUGCUUAAAUAUUUUGAAAAAAGGCGCGUCUUCUCUCUCCUCUGUAUGUUUCAACGUAUCCGGAUACGUCACUUCCGUGAAGAACAUUUCCGGGUUAGCGGUUACUCCACGUCUCUAUUGAAUGACGUAUUUCAGUUUUUUCCGGUCAUAUGUUCACACAGUUCAUUUGAGUGCUUAUUAUCAAUGCGCAUGUGUGCCACAAAUAUGUAAACAAAGUCCGGGAAAUUUAUAUAUUAUCGAACAAGAGAAAGAAAAUAUAUAAAAGUUUAUAAAAUCCAUAUACAAUAUGCAUCCUUAUUAAAUAGAAUAUAUAAAUAUACAUUCAUCACGUCAGGACACAUAGCAUGCAUAAUACACAGCAUGCAUACUACACAGCCUAUAAACCAAAAAUGUGCCUAUUCUAGUAAGCUUACAAUAAGAUGGUCAAGGAGUCUCAUGGCAUUGCAAGAGCUUGCUCUGUAAUUACUGUACCAUACUCCUCCCUAUAUUACAAAGUAUUUAACCAGGAAAGGUACAUUCAAAUUACUCUGGUUUUCAAGUAUGUGAUGGGGAUGUUACCUAAGCCCAACAUCAAGGGGUUGUUACUAUUACCCAAUUUAAUGGUACUCAUUUUAUUUACUUCAGAAGGAUGAAACGCUGAGUCAAGCCUGCCAGGAUUAUGAACCUACAACCCAAGGGUUGAACAGAUUCUAUUGAUGAUGCAUUAGCCCACUGAGCUAUGUCAUCGGCUUAACUGCAGGAAAAAGCUGUGUGCUCAUACAAUAAACCUGUUCAUUGGAGGUCAAUUUUACAUCAAGAGCUUGUUUGUCUCUUCAAGUUUAUUUACUAUCUACGGCCUGCUAUAAUAAGAUCGCUUAUAGGAGAAUCGCUAGUUGUUUUUAGUUACAUAGAAUAUCCUGUUAUACCUGGAUCAACUCUGCAUGUAUUCUGCUUUGCUGGUGGAUUAGUAACUCAAGUACUGGAGCUUACCGCUCAGGAUAGAGGUUCGCCAGAUAAAGUAGUGUAAGUUCCCGCAUGUGAUAUAAGGUCUGACCAGGACCGUAUUGUUUCCAACUGAAUUGCCAGCGAGGAGAGACCCAGCGUAUGCUAGCAGAAAAAGUGUGGGCUAAUACAAAGAAUCUCAAGGGCAAAACUAGGCCUGAACUGGUCCACCUUCAGGGUCAGGGACGUAUAGUCACAUUAGCAAAUUAUGCUGUUAUGAUUUCCUUUUUUUGUCCAUAGCGUCAUCAGAAUAACCCUACUUACCCAGUUCUGGUAAAAUGUAUUUAAAACUUUUUUCAUAUUUCUGGGUUGUCUGGAUGGCGUCUCCUCCUCCUGACAUCCUAUCCAAGCAUUUUGAGAUUGUGACAGAAACCUAGAAGUGUGGAGAACCUAGUGUUCUCCCCACUGAAUACUAGGUUUCUGUGUCAAUUCUACUACCAUGUGUUUCUUAACAGACUUGUUUAUAGUUGCUUCACAUGGUGGAUCAGACAUCUCCUCCUAAGAGACAAAACUACCUCAAUGGCUUCAUUACUGGAGGUCUUUAGCUUACUUGCCUCAGAACAUUUAAAUACAUUGCAGUGCCUGAUGGGAACAACAUAAUUCUACAAGAAGAAACUGCAGUGUCAUCUCCUACAGGUGGUUUUCCUGUUCUCCAGCAUAGUAACCUAUAAACAGAUACACAUGAUCCCAUUACCUUCCAAACUGACUGGCAUAAAUGUAUCCAGGGCAAUCCCCCCAGGGUUCACGGUACCCUUGAUUGCAAUUCUUCUUCCAGGACCUACCCCAUCUUUUAGCUAAAUUUUUUCCCUUCUCAGUUUUGCUACGUCCUUCCUUCUAACUCUUUAGUCCCCAGUUUACCGAUAACCCAAAUGUUAGUUGACUUGUAACUUUGAGAAGACAUUCUUUGUAACUUUCUGCUAAAAUCGAUAUAAUCUGUAGCAGCACACUUUAUUCAUUUUUAUGUUCACUCCAUUCUUGUUUGCUAUUAUUUUGUAUUUGUUAAAUUUGAAUUACAAAAAUAGAAUGCAUAUAUUCCAAGAAUAAUAGUAGCAUGCAUAUUUUCAGAUAAAUGACAUUUGAUGCCUUCAUGUUUUAGUGUCACCAGAAACAGAUAUAUGUCUCUUUAAUUCUGCAAAGGCAACAUACAUAUUUAUUGAAACUAUGUCACACAAAAAUUAUUUUGAGCAUUUCACAAAGAUAAAAUCUUAAAAACUUGUGUUGGAAUUUCAUUGAAAUUCCAACACUGUUAAAAGAUAGCAUACGACAAAGUAGGGGCUACUUUUUUUAUGUCAUAAAAUCUUAAAUUGACCAAAAGUGGUGCUUCUGUCGUUAGAUUUGGUCAGUUCUCCCAGUUGUCGUUAGUGAUGGCUGUGUGAAUCAGGCAUUGUCUUGCUCAUUCCAGUCUCACAGGAUCCUCCAAAGACAUCAGUGUUGUACUUUUGUACAUGCACAAUAGACCAGCACUGAUGUGGGCUUGUGGCAGAUGAAGCUUUAGCAGCUGAAGAACAAAUAUGGCGGCGACAGUGGAGGAUAGCUUUGGGUAAUAAGUAUAACCUACCUCUGCUGUACAUAUGGGCCAUCGCACGCCAAUCUGUGUAAUAUGCUAAGAAACCUGAAUGGUCACAGAACUUUUUACAUCUCAAUGAAGGAACCAAACUAUAAACUAUAUGUCACUUUUAGAAAACAAUGACCUUGAUUUUAUGUUUUGGAUAAUCUUUUCAAAUAAUUAAAUAGUUUUGGAUACAAUUUAAAAAAAAAACAAAAGUAUUAAAAUAUCAAAAAACAUGUCCUAUGUAAAUAAAAUCAAUGUAUAAAAAUAUUUUCAAAAUAUUAAUUCAUUUAAAAUGUUUAUCCAAAAAUAUGAAACCAUUCGAAAAGCUUAUUCAAAAAUAAUAAAUCUAGGCCAAUGUGUGCUUUUGCCCCUUUUGUUAAACAAUAUGCACAUGCUAUGGUAAGGCUAUAAUUGUUUUGCAAAAUAGUUUACAUAUGUAGUGAAAUAUGUAAUACACACUUUUACGUUAUGCAUUUGCUUUAUACGCACCCUGUAUUGUUUGUAUUGUUUAUUUGAAAGACUGUCAUAAACACGUAAUUUCUAUUAUUUUCACAGGUAAAGAAAAGUUAAUGAACUGUACUGUUGCAAAGAGAAUAGGUAAAGGGAAAGGCGCUACUAUUAUUUAUGAAAAUAUACAAGUACGUGCACCAGUAGUAGAAGUUCCAGCAUGGACUAAGGAAAUUACAACUGUGCAAUGCACACUAGAAGAGGGACUUACUUUUGCUAAGAACAAUGAACAGCAAAACAUAGUAACACCCAACCUAUGUCACAAAACUGGAGCUAUUGAUGACCAUAGUGCAUCUCAUCAGCAUAGUACACUUGAAGAAAUUGAAGCAACUGGUCCUUUUAGUAGAGAAACAGCUGAAUUAGAAAGUCUAAUGGUUUCAAGCAUGGUGAUCACUUCAAAAUCUAUUAAGGACCCGCGACUAUCAAAAAGAAUGGAACAAGAUAUUUCAAAAGCUGAGGAGCCAUAUCCUGUUAGUCAGUUAAAACCCGACAUUCUUUCUAACCUAGAGGACAGUCCUAAAACAAAAUCAAUUUACUUAAGUUUUGAGGAGGUGCGAAUGUCUGAUGAAACACUAAAGAGAAAGGAAAAAAAUGUUUCCUUUUCUGUGGAAUCGUGUAAUAGAGAGAGGAGAAGUAAAACGGAAAGCCUGCAGAAAAAAUGUCUCAAAGAAAGCUUGAACAGCUCCUCGCAAACCUUUGUAUCAAAUACCCCCAAGAUUUGUACCAGAUCCCCCCAGAAAGUUGCAAGACAAACAGAAAUUGAAAAGGAAGAACAGCUACCAAUAAGUACUUCUCGGAGAGUGGUCAUGCCUGAUUCUAAAGAAAUAAUCCAAACUUUUGCCUCUACCUCUUUGUGUGAAGGUGCUUCUCAAAAACAUGAACGAGAAUGUGACAGUCAACAAAAAUGUCAAUAUGCUACAAAAACAGAAACAAGCAAAAGUGUGCCUGGCGAAACAAGUCAAACAUUAACACAAAAUGACUGCGUGGAUAAAAAUAAUUCACCCAGAAUCCAUUACCAGAAGAAAUCAUGUUUGGGGAGUAGCAAAAGUACAGAGGAUUUAAACAAGCAUAUUAGAACUUCUUCAUUAGUUUCUAGGCAUGGCCAAUCUACCGAUAGCAGUAAAUCUAAAAUAAACAAAGAUAUGCCUCAACAUCACAAGAGAAAUGAGCCUUCCUUAUUUAGCAAGCAGAAAACAAUAGUAACCGAAAAUGAUUUAGCUAAAAAGGUUCCAGUAGACAGGGAUGGUCCAGACAGUAGUAAAAUAAAUACUCUAGUGGCAAAAACGGAUUCAUGCAAAUCUGAUAGCAGAUUACCUCUCAUCAACAAGGAACUUUCGCAUAAAGUGAACAUAGUUUCGAAGUGUCCCGUAAAGGAAAAAUGUGAUUGUUCCCAAACAGAUAGACAGAAUGUAUCUUCACAAACAGCUAAUACAGAUAAAAUAGGGGGGUUAAAAAACACUUUAAAAGAAAUUACCGUCUCCACUAAAGAAUUGGAUUGCAAGACAUCAAAGAGCUCAGUGAGAAUGUUGGAUAAAAAGGUACCUUUCAUAAAAAAACAGAUUACUUGUAUCCAGCCGGAAACUAAUGAAAUGUUGAAAUUGCCAAAUGCUAGAAAUGAAGCUAAAAAGAAUGAAACGAAAGAUAGGUUAUACCUUUCACAUCAGCAAUGUAUUGACCGUACACCAUUAGUUCCAGCAGAGUCUGUUCAAAGGCUCCCUAAGAUUUCUGAUAUCAAAAUACAAGACAAAACCUUGGCAAAUGACAAAAGUAAAUCUGUAACAACCUGUUGUACUAAUAACAAUAAUGUCACAUUGGAAGACAAAGGUGAAGUAUGUCAAGGAGCUAUGUUAACUGAAAUGCAAAAGGUAGAGGAAAAAUCUAGAAUUGUUAAUAAAAGUGAAAAUGUAGAUUGUGAUGUAAAUAAUAAGUUUUCAUCUGAAAAUCCCUUAUCAGUCCCACUACCUAAAAAUGACAAAGCUAAUACAACCUAUACAACAAAAGGCCUCUCAUUGCAGUCUGUGGAAUCCAAGGACUCAGUCAUGGUUGAUCUCUCCUCAAAAGGCUGUGGUACUGGCAUAUUUGGUGAUAAAAAUAAGGUAAUCCAAAACACUGGAUCUGGAAUAAACAAGGAGAUAAAAGUACCAAGUGAUGCAUAUGGUGGCAUGUUAUCUGAUGAAUUAAGCUAUAUUCAGCAGUUAGAGAGCCGGAUAGACUGGUUUGGCCUUUUUGGAAAAGAGUAUCCGGUAACAGGACAGGUAACUGAACAUUCUAAAUUGCCAAAAACUAGCCUUCAACCCUAUGUUUACAAAGCAAAAAAAGAAAAAGAACCGGGUGGAAUGAGAAUCUUCCCGGACAUGAAAAUUACUGUUAGAAACACUGUGUAUGGAACUCUAACUUCAUCAGUCGAACUGCAAAGUUCUCUGAAAAAGAUGAGUAAUGAUAUUGACAAUUAUAGAGAAGAACCUUCAGAGCAGGUUUCUCAAACCACAAGAAACUUGGUUACUCAAGAUCUGAAAGAAUAUUCAACAAAGUUAAAUGGAGGAUCUGAUGAAUUGAAUAUAGCUCAAUCUUGCAAUAAUUCGGCCACUGCAGAAAGAACUAGUCCGUCUGAACGCAAAGAUGUUAAAUCUUUAGAGAAAGAAUUUACUACUUCGACCAGCAUAAAGAUUAAGAGUAAAGAGGCUCAUAUCAUUCUAGAACACAAGCAGAGACACUCAGUGCUAAAGAUGAAAAAAUUUGGUAGCAAAAGGCUACCUAGAUUGGUUAUUAAAGGAUCAGUUGGAAGAAUUAAGAAGUUCUCCCAGUCAGAAGAAAAUAUAAAGAGUGUUUUAAACAUGCUUUCUGAUGAAGCUACGUCAUGUAAGAGUAAGCGUAUUUCCAAAAAAUUAGACAGAGCUAUACUGCACUUAAGGAAAGCUCACAAGAGAGUUCAUAAGUCUUUACAGCUUGUCCAAAGGCGAAAUUUAACAAAGCCUCCCAUUAUAAUAGCAGCAAGCAACACUAAUCCCUGUAAGAAUAAAGACAUUGCAGUAAAUGAUGUUCCAGAAAGUCAUAUUAAAGCAAUGCAGGUUGACCUGGAAGUCCAAAAGAUAGCUAACCAGGCGAGUGAUAUUAAUUCUGAAAUCAAACCAAAGAAACCAACUUUAGAUGAUAGACAUUGCUUAAAAGUAACAACACAAACGAAAAAUGGAAUAUCAAAUCAGAUUCCUCAACAAUCUAAAACCUCUACCCUUACAUCAUCAACAUCAUCUACUCCAAUUAUGAAAUGUUUGGCAUCUAGCUAUAAUGCAAACAAAAGUUCCCCAGAAUUACCGGAGGACUCCACUCACAUUUUUGACUGCAGGCAAUCCAAUAAAGAAAAUACCGUAGCGCAUUCUGUUUCUGAAGGGACCAAUGAAAACACACAGAGCAAGAUCUGUGUUCAGAAUGAUGAAACAUUGCUCAUACCAAAUAACACAACUGAUUUAUUGCAAAAUGACCAUUUGCCUGUAAGCAAAGUAACGACAUUAAAUUCAAAUGACGUGCUUGGCAAGGAUUUGCUUAAAACAGAAGAUGAAAAUAUAGCUAAAAUGCAAUAUACACUUCCUAAAGUGAAAUAUAAGUCAAGUUCACUAAUUAAACAAAUGUCUAGGCUUUUAAGAGAUGCAGAUAAAACUCAUUCCUUAGGAUCUUUGCAGCAAUACAAAUUAACGUGUAAGAAAAUGUUUCCUAUAUUUGUAGAAGCUUUUGUGAAAGAUCAGAAAUGUUCAUUGUCUGAAGUAAUUGUUGACCGCAAAUUAUUGGCUAACAAGAACAUAGAAGUUUCUUUCAAGCAUGUCCUGCGACCCUGUGCUAUAGAGUCGUUUAUUGAAAUGCAAAUGAUGAUGGAAACCACACAGUUUAUAGAAAAUCGUAUGCAUUAUUUACAGAGAGAGCCAACAUUUAGAAGUCUACUUUGGUAUGAUAGUUCACUUUAUACUGAGCUAAUUGCUGGAGAAUCUGGUUAUCAACAGCAGUCGCAUUUGUAUAGAACAUUUCAAGAAAAAUUGAAAUGUGGUGCAUUAGGCACAUUGCAGAGUCAUCACGACCAACUUUGUGAGGUCCUUCAGAGCAUACAUGAGAGUAAUAGCUCAUAUUAUGUUUUCCUGAAAUACAGAAGAGAAAUUGAGGAGUGUGAAGCAGUUCUGAACAAUUGCUCAGAUCAUUCAGAAUUUUCUCUUUCUGUUCCAUUAACUUGUGGAGUGCACAUUGGAGACACAAUAGAUAAUUUGGAAAAACUUCAAAAAAGCACUUUAGAGCUCAUAAAGAACUUUGCUGUUCUCCAAAAGUGUGAUCCGGGAAAGCAAGAACACGCUUUAUGCCUCCUAGAAAUUAUCUCUGCAAAAAUUGAUUUCAUUAAGUCUUCAGAGUUUAUACCUAUGCAAUUAUCAAUUUUUGGUAUUGAGCACUUACUCUUUGAUGCAGCAAAAACAUGUGUUCUGAGUCAACAAUCUAGCUAUGCAGGACUAAAAAAAUCACCCAGUGUUACAAAGGAGUUCAUGUUUACUGUAAAUCACUGUGCAUUAUCAAAAUUAUAUGAGAUUUAUGGUACACCAACUGAUGAAGUGCUAAUGGUCCAAGAAAGAGAUGAACUAGGUGAAGAGAAUACUCUGGACAAAGAUACUGUCUUUCAUCCUCCACACACAGUGCAUUAUGUUGGUAAAAUAAUUGACCAAGCUCGAUGUGCAGAACCUCAGGUACUAAAAGAGAUGAUACAAGACUGUAAGGAGCAUUUGGACACCCUCAUAAAAUAUUUUCAGAUUUUGCAAGAGUGUGAUGCCAAUCAGAUUAUAAUCACAAGACGUAAUCUUUUGAAGGUAGCAGAAAGACAUGAUAAGCUUACAAUUCUUUUGAAACCUGAAGCUGUUGAGACCUACAUUGAAGUUGGGAUGACAUUUGAAACGUUACAUUUCCUGAUUUCUUUAGUGUCGUCACAAAAAAAGCAAAAAAGGCAUAGGGGUUUGUUGUAUUAUGACAGCUCGCUUUUCUCUGACCUGCUCAACAGUCAGCAUAGAAUAAUUUCUUACCUACAAGGAGACAUCAAAUGUAAAGCUCUAGAUGUCAUAGACCGCACAAUAUCAGAGAUUAAAUCAGAGCUGGAAAUAAUUUGUGACUUUUCAGAUUCUGUCAAUUAUACAUAUGCUCUUCAAAUAAUGACGAGAGAACUUUCCGAGUUAUCGGAGUUGAAAAACUUUGUUCUGGAGACCGAGUCCGAAAUUAGUACUUACGUUCACUUUUCUCCGUUUGUUGCCUCGAUACAUUAUGGAAAUACUUCCUCUGAGCUGGAUUACAAUUACAACCAGUUUUCUGAUUUGCUUGGCCUUCUAAUGUCUGCUCCUAAGAAAGAUUUAGGGAAAAUGGCUCACACAAUGAAAGUAAUGAAAACAAUUGAGAUAAUGAAAGAUGCAUUUCUGAAACCUGACAAUACAGCGUUUGACUUAAUAAUUUGCCAGAUGGAAACAGGAACUUUCAGUAAGGACGUUGAAAUUCACGAGAAAGAAAAGACCAAAAUAAACAAAAUGGAUUUCAGCCUGUCUCCUAGAAAAAGAGAAAUGAGUCUCUCAGCUUUAAGCAAAAAUAAUCAAGAACUUAACCUAAGCCUGAAAAAGCAAAAGGUAAGGCAUUACUUUAUUUGAUUAAAAUUUCUUCUAUUAAACACUCAUAUCUAGUAUUGAUAUACUCAGAUUUGUUAAAGAUAUGUAAGUGUUUGAUAUGUGUCUCAAAGUGUCCUAUUUAUGAACAAUUGAGACUAAAUGCAUGGCCAAUGCAGCAGGUUUUUGCUUCACAGGAUAAGAUGCAUUUUCCAGUCACAUUUACCAGAAGGAAGAUUUGCAAACAAGGAGAGUGUGAUGCUAGUCUAUAUUUUUACCUCUGUCUGAGUGAGGAAAGUUGAAGGUAAUUGUCAGGAGGGUAAUAUAUCUUCAUAGAACAGCGUAGGCUAUGCAUUAAAGGGACACUCCAUUGCCCAAAUACAAUAAAUAAAUCAUCACUAUUUAGUAGAUAUAUGCCUGGUGACACAAUGCACACAUUUACUAAUGCCUUUUUUCAUUGGAGGUAUGUCUAAAAACAGUUUGUAAAAGCUGCAGGUAUCUUGUCUGAAGCCUUUGCAAACCCUCCCCUUCUAACCCCGCCCAGACUUUUUGUCAAUCACAGACUUCCCAAUGCAGCUCCACGAGUAGUCUUUUCAAGGCAGGUGCUCUGGGCAAUUGCUGUCUCUUGAGUUUAGCUCCACUGAGCUAACCAAACCAUGAAGUAACAGGACUGGUUUUAUGUUGACAACAAAGGAGGAAGUAAGACGUCUAAUUUAUGAAAGUGCUAAUAUCUACUGAAACCUGCACUUUAGCAGGCCGAAGUGUUUUAUGUGUGUAGUGUCUCUUUAAGGCGCUUAAAGAUUUUGAGAAUAGGGUGCAUUGUUAAGAGUGAGAAUAAUGUAGAUUAUGUAUACUUUAACAUAGCUAACUACUACAUCUUGCUGUAACUGUGAGGUUGCUUGGGUCCCCUGUUGCCACAACCUGGUUUAAAGGGUCACCAUAGGCACCCAGACCACUUCAUCUCACUGAAGUAUUCUGGGUGCAGUGCCCCUGUCUGUUUAACUCUGCAGUGUAAAACAUUGCAGCUUGUGAGAAACUGCAAUGUUUGCAUUGCAGGGUUAAGCCCACCUCUAGUGGCUGUCUUCCAGAUAAACACAAUAGGCACUCCCUGCUCCCUACCGGAGGAAUGUAAUGUGUGACAUCACAGGAGGUGAAAGUGAAUACAAAAAAACAAAUCCUGAGCUCAAACUCCCAUCACUCCUGGGCGGCAGCAAUGACCAUAGUACACAUCAGCCCCAAUACACACAGUAAAAACCAAAGAAAAAAGUUACCUGCGCUCAUCCCAAAUCCCUAUGCAUAUUUAAACAAAUGGAGGUUAUUUAGUUUCUCCAAUGACCAUGAUAGACUUUAGCCCACCUGCCACGUCAAGGCAAACCUCUCAGGUGGGCCCUACACUAACCUUUCAUCUUGCUUCCUUGAACUUCUGGCAAGAUAUCCCUUAUUAGGGGUGUAUAUAAAAAAUAUCCCUUUCGGUCUCAUUAGAGAUAUCUUUGCCAGAAGCUCAAGGAAGCAAGAUGAUGCCUUGACGGGGCAGGUGGGUCAUGGUCUCAUGGCCAUUGGAGAAACUAAAUAACCUCCAUUUGUUUAAAUAUGCAUAGGGAUUUGCGAAGAGCGCAGGUAACUUUUUUCUUAUGUAUUGGGGCACAUUACAUUAAUAAAGAGUUAUUCAUAGGAUAUUUUUGUUGCAUAACUAACUAUAAUUACCAUACAGUUGAUAUCAAAGACCCAGAGACAAUGGAUGACAUAUUACCGUAUGCACGACAGUAAUAAACCCUUGUGAUCUUUUGUAAAUAUUUUUUUCUAAAUUGACUAUGUACUUUAUUUUAGGUUUUGGAGUCCUCAACAAGCAGUUCUGAAACAGAAGAAGAAAAAGCACCGACAAUCAGCCCCAGGUAUUUUUAGAAUAACUAUGUCAGGGAUGGCAGGACCACCAAAUCUUAAAUGAAAGCACACAUAGAUGGCUGAAUAAUAAAAUAUACCACACUUCCAAUAAAAUGAAGAUGUCUUUAUAAAUUAACAUUGUUUAUAAACUACCUUUGUUCGAAAAGUAGCUCAUGUUAUGUUUUUCUGUUAAUCUACAAUUUACUGCUCAGAAACAAUAAAACAAUUUUUAAAACAUUAUUUAGAUACAGACAAUGAAAGGGCAGAGGUGGAAAAAGGCACCAACACAGAGGAUAAGAUAAAACGGCUAGGGUAGAGGUGUAACUACAAACCACCGGGCCCGGUGUGAAAAUUGCCCUCCAUGUGUCCCCUUCCUCCUUCUCUUCCCCCUCCCCUCCAUGUGUCCCUUUCCUCUCGCUCUCCCCUCCAUGUGUCCCUUUCAUUCCUUCCUCUCUCACCUCUCCUCUCUCGUACCUGGCUCUCUGCGGUUCCCGGUCAGACUUAGUGAGCACUUCCUUUCAGACCGUUGGGCCACACUACACACAGGCAGGAGGGGAGCAGCACAGUUCUCCCCUCCUGCCAGACACCCGGGAACCAUGGGCACCCUGGAACCAUGGGCACCCUGGAGUGAUGGGCCCGGUCGUAGUCGCGACCUUUGCGACCGUGGUUGUUAUGCCACUGGGCACGGGAUAACAAUAAUGUCUCUGUCUCUCUCUCUAUCUGUCUAUCAUAUCUAAUCUACCAUUAUUCAGCCAGAACAACUUUAGUUUAAAACAUUAGUUUUAGUGUAUAGACAGCACACAGGCUAACUACACUUUGUGGAAAAACAGCUUACAUUUUUUAUCUUUCCUUAUCACAUAUUGUGUUUAAUUUUGAAGAUGUAUCAUGCUCUAUUAAUUGCCCACUAGAGCCUGCAGCAGCGUCCUCUGUGUGAUCAAAGUCCAAUCAUCAUAGCUGUUCUAAUAUCAAAACACUGUGCUGUAAGAUCUGAUCAAAACUGUUCCAUUAAACUAAAGUGUUUUUUUUGGUUGUUUUUCCUUGUGAGGACCAAUUACCUCACAACGAAACCCCUUUAAUGCUUGAAGAGCUCCCUCUGUGCUGGGGAACUCUUCACCCCGGCCAACGUUAGAUCUGAAUGCGCAUGCACGGCAAGAACCGCGUGUGCAUUCAAACCGCCCAUAGUAAAGCAUUACUCAAUGCUUUCCGAUGGACGUCCAGUGUCUUCUCACUGUGAUUUUCACAGUGAGAAUCGCGGAAGCGCCUCUAGCGCCUGUCAGUGAGAGCCAAUAGAGGCUGGAUUAACCCUCAGUGAAACAUAGCAGUUUCUCUGAAACUGCUAUGUUUUCAGCUGCAGGGUUAAAACUAGAGGGACCUGGCAGCCAGACCACUUCAUUGAGCUGAUGUGAUCUGGGUGCCUAUAGUUAUCCUUCAAGGGAUUUCCCGACAACAUUCUCACAGUAAUGCAAUUAGAGGCACACUGGCACUGUCGGAAGGAUUUACAAUUAUAUUCCCUGCUCUCUUGCCCAAUGGUAGACUAACUUGGUACCAGAUCACAAAAUUCUUAAUGGCCUCCAUAACAUAUAAUGGAAACUAUUAUCUGCUAUAUAUCAUGUGGGAAAGAAUAUUAGCUAUAUAGAAUUCCAGUUAAACCAUAAACCAUGUAUCAAAGCGUAUUAAACCAUAUCAAACAGCAAUAAAAUGAAAAGGCUAGACACAAAAUUAUUCCUUAUGUAAGUAAAGUGCUUAUGUCUUUGAAAUGAACAAUUCACAUAAUAUAUAUUCACCUUUAAAGUCAAGGAAGUAACAAACUAGAACCCACAGGAUCAUAACACAGAUAACCUUGCAUAGAAAAAAAAAAUCAUGGUUCAAUACACAUUCUAUACACUUUUGCUGUCUCCUGCUAAGGUUAAUCACAGGGUGAAGUGCUCAUAUUCUGGGUGAGCCAUUUUUUUACGUAUUUCUAUUUAUAUUGAGUCGCAGAUAUAAAAAAAAAUAAAGUAGGAAUCCGCACACAAAAUUCUGAAAUGGUAGAGUUUUUUUUUUACAUGCUGUAAAAAAUAUAGAAAAAAGGAUACUACCAUAAUAUAAAUAAUGGGUUAAUAAGCCAGCUAUAGGUUUCAUACAAUCAACAGUGCAGAGCAUAAUAAUGUAAAUAUCUUAAUACAAAGGCUUGUGGACAUAUAACUGGGAAAUAUUUUUAACAUACUGUUAGUUGUAGGUGCUGCAUAGAGCAUAGCCUUCCAAGGAAAUUAUGUCUAAUGUUAACUUUAAUAUAGAUAUACACAAUGUCCUCAAGGAGACAUCUUUACGGAAUUGGCAAAAAAACUGUUAUUAUUAGUAGCCUUAUAACAAAGUAUUGUUCAAAUUGAAAAAUGAAUAAAAAAAUCCAAAAAUAUGCAGGGUGUGCACAAAAGGGUAAUAUUCUUCUCAUAGCAAAGUCCAAAAUGGACUACAUGCAAUAGCCUGUAGUCAUAUAGACAGAUGAAAAAACAAACAGGUCUUGUCUAAGAGCAAGCGUGUAGAUACGAGGCUUCCGAGCUGGCAGCAUGUGGUAAGGAGACUCAAGCAACGAAGUCCUUAAGUCACAGAGAUAAGGUAGACAAGACAUUCUAUAAAUGCGUCUAAUGGGUGAGUCAUUUUUACCAUCCAGUUCUGGUUGCUAUGGUGAUGCUUUCAAAAUGCGUGUGAAAAUUAAUGAAAAAGUGGUAAACCUGUCAGCAAUUAGUGGCUGCUAAUAGCUGCCUAUAUUUUGUAAAUACUGGGGAAAAAAAAAAAUCUCAAAUGGGGAUACAAAUUCUCCCUUUCUCUUAUAUUUGUCCAGAGUGCAUCAAUUAAUCCGUGUCACUGAUUCAUUGAUAGUAAAUCCAAUAAAUGAUAUAUGUAAAUAAAGAAAUACUGGUUGCCAUGUUUUUUUAAAAAUACAGACUGCAUACAGUGACAAGCACUUGAUAAAACUGUAAACCCUUCACAACGUUAAUACGUUCCAUGCUGUCCUACACAGAGUAGGCUUUAACACUGUUAGGACGGCGUGGAACGUCCUAACAUUUUAGAGUGAGUAGAGUUAAACCCCUGCUCACAUCACGGAAACCCAGCUAUCAGUUGAUACCUGGUGCUCCCUUGUAUCAACUGGGGUCACAUUUAUUGUCUUCAGACUGACGGUGAGCCAUAUGCAGCACUCAAUGUGAUAUAGUCCUUUAAUUUCGUUGAGAGCCGUUGCGCUCAGCUGUGGUGAUUCUAGGCUGGCAGGUGCUCAUAGUACCUGACAUGGUUUCCCAGCCAGGCCCCAUCCAUACCUCUGUGCUGGGCUUUGCCAGGUGCCCUGCACCAGUCACAGUGUAAUGAGCCUGCCUGUAAGGCUGAAACAAAACCAGUAGAUGGUGGCAACAUACUACUCUUUACUAUUUUAACUAGGGAGCCAAUCUGCAUAUAUCAGUACUAUUAUCAGCAGAUGGUUUAUUUAGGAUUCAGGUUAAAAUUAAGGUUUGUGUUAGGAUAAGGUAAGGGUUUAUGGUAGGUUAAGAUUAAUGCUAAUUUAGUGUUAGGGAAAAUGUAGGUUAAAGGUUAGGGCAGAGUUAGUGUAAGCAUAGGGUUAGGAUUCAUAUAGAAUUAGGGAGGGGUUGGUAUAGGGCUAGAGUUAACUUCCAAAAAUGUAUCUAUAUCCCAGACAAAGAAAUAAUUUAACAAUCAGGACUGAAACAUGAAGCUGUUUUAAAUUCUUUUUAUGUAGUUGCACUUUGACAUGUAAAUUUAUUUGCCACGUUUAACAUUUUAUUCACACUUUUUGUUGUGUUAGGCAUAUAUAUACAAUUUUAAUAGAAAGCCCUCUCUGUCCUUUGAAAUGCAAUAUGUAAUAUAUAUGGAGGCACUUAAAGUGAAACACUUAAAUUAUGGUUGAUUAAAGCCACAGCGACAUUCUAUGUUCUGUUUUGGUUCAGAACUUGGACAAUUGCCCAUAUCCUUAAGGGAUUAAUAUUGACAGUUUAUGACUGCUAUUUAGUAACAUUGGAAACCAUUCCUUAAGUCGGCAGUUGAGUCUCAAAAUGUUAGUCGCUGCUACAAUCCUUUUAGUCUUGUUUCCUUACACAAGUCCACAAACCAGAAUCUAUUUCUUGGGAAAGGAACCAACAUCACUCUCUCUCUGGAUCCCAGUCUGUCACUGGAGAGGGUUGCUGACUACAUCAUCUCAUGAGAUCUCAUUCUGCUUUUUGGGAGAUGAGACUUUGCUGUCUCUCGGGUCCUCACUUUGCCUUUUGGGAGACACUUAUAAACCAUGAUAGUUUCCAUACAUUCCCAUGUUGCUGGCCCAGGUAAAGUGUGCCGAACCAUUUCCCAUGAGGCCCAUUUCAAUUUUCCAGCUGAUAGUACCCUAAUCAAGAUGAUCCCCUCCUACUACCUGGACAGCCAGUGUACUCCAUGUCCAGUGUCAGGGCUGACCCCAUCAUGGUUUAAUCAGAGUCAAGGUAGGCCCUACACUCUCAGUCUUCAGGCAAAAUGUCUGUUUCCAAAUGCAAAUUGUUGAUGUCAGGCCUAGUUAACCUCUCUUGCUCCUUGUAUAAGAUUUAGCUCAUGCAACAUGGACAAAAUCAUCUCUAUUGGAUCAACAGCAAAAACAAAUGUAUUAAAGGCUGAGCUUGAUGGACGCAUGUCUGUUUUCAGCUAUGUUACUAUGGUUUUUAAUUUGAUAUAAUUAUGGCAUCAGACCUUCUAAGCAUUGGGAACUCUCUCUUCCUAACUGUGGGAAAGUCCACUGCCUGUGGGACAUACAUCUGAUGGACAGCUACUCCAAAUGUUUCUGAUGAGCGUAACUGCGCAUUCUUAGUAGCCUCGGAGGAGAGGUUAGUUUUAAUGUGCCAUUGGCAAUAUGGAAAUUCAAGUACUCUGGAAUAGCAGGUCACUUGCUUUGGCUAGUAUCUUGGUAUUCUUUAGCAAGCAUGGCAACAUCCCUUACUUUGAGAGGAUACCAGUUCAUUACUCAGUAUUCAACCUCUAGGAAUGUAUAUUGAUUUAAUUACUCCAGCAUAACCAAUUAUAAUAUUUCUUCCACAAUUGUCACUUGCCACGAAUUAGAAACAGCCAGAUGUAAUUGAUUGGGCCACACAGCAUUAAAGUUGUUUUUCUUUCUCUGACAGUUUCUAAACUUCUACCAUCAAGACUCCUGGUUGUUAGCAUAUUGGGCUAGUAAACACAUUUAUUAAUAAUAUAAUCCAUAGAGAGAAGAUCUGGUACAGCUUGAAUUGCUUAAACCACCAGGCCAAUUUGCUGGCUAAAAUCAUAACCCAGUCCAUGUUUACGGUGCUAUGUAAAACACGUCAUUCAAAACCCUGGUGGCAUCCCUCAAUAUCCACUCGGUCUGUGAAAAAUUCUACAAGCAUUGUAUGAUAUCUUUUUCCUCCACACCUCUAGGUAGGAACUCUGCUUCUCUUUGAGGAUGCUAGAUUUCAGGUUACUGAAGCUGGUAAUGCUCCAUUUCCAUAGGCUUUAGUUGGUCCUUCCUCUCCUCUGCACAGUAAUCUGUUCAUCAGAGUGCCAUGUGCUCUCUCAUUUCCUGGUAUUUAAUGUUGUUUUCCAUUUUGACACAUUAUACCCACUGGACUGGCAGGUUUUGUCCCCUCAGCCUAAUUGGUUUUCUAGGCAGGUAUUUUCCUUCUGCCAAGACAUCUCCUGACUCCAUCUUUCGAAGACAUUUUUUUCUUACAGGCCCAAGUUUCUGUGCUCGAGUAGAAAAGUUUCACUGAUUAGAGGAGGAACAGUGCAGGAAUUCAGCAAAACAGUGGAGAAAGGCAGGGGAAUGCAGUAACUAAAAUCUUAAAUGAGAAAAUCUCAUGCAGUCCUGUUUGAAAAACUGUGAAUGGCGCUGUCAGUAAACUCAUAACAAUGGAGGUAAUGCUGCAUUUAGCUUAAUGAAGAGUUACUCAUCACAACUGCAUUUGGAAGAUGAACUUCAUUUCCCUCAACACAUGCCUUGCACUACUCAUACUCUCAAACACACAUCUAUUAACGAACAUCAUGCCACAUAAGCUGCACAUAUGCUUCUAAUUAGCCAGUCUUUCUCACACAUGAGAGAUGAGGAACUGCACUCACUAAUAUGAGCAAACAAAGUGUGCAACCAGCCCUGGGGCUAGCACAAACCCCGAAUAGUUGAAUCCAAUUGAGAAGAAAAAGGUCCAGGCACUUUAAAGCUUAAUAAGACACAUUUAUUUGAAACUAAGUGAAUCUAGCAACGUUUUGAUGCCACAAUGUGUCUUUGCCAAGCUUGACAAAGACCCAUUGUAGGGUCAAAAUGUUGCUGGAUUCACUUUUUUUCUGAAUAAAUGUGCUGUAUUGCGCUUUGGAGUACCUGGACCACCUUCUUCUCAUACAUUUGAUUCUGAUAAGCAUGACAUAUACAUACUGUAACAAGAACAGUAUAGACCGGUCUCAGGCCUUAGGACCAGAACUGAACCUUCUGCCCUGUUCCUCAAGGAGAUUUUCUGCCAGUUCAUUUCUUCUUCCACAAUUCUGAGCCAGCCACUUGAUGGAGUCUAGAAGAGCUCUUUAGCUUCUCUCCCUGCCACCAGACAACACAUAGUGCAGAGAAGAACAAUAUAUAUUGUAUUGAUUGGGGCAUGUUUAUAUUAGGAAACACAAGGGGCUGAUAAAACGUAACUGAUCUCCGCAGCACUAACUCAAUGAAAGUGAGGGGCUGCACUGAUUAAAUUAAACUUACAAACAAAACAAAAGCAGAGUUUAGAACGUAACAUUUACAAAGUAUUAACUCCUUCUAUGCCCACUUAAUCUUUUAGUAUUGCACACUGUCUUAACCCCGUAUAUGUCCACAUAGUCUGUUGCUGACACAGAAGUUCCAUAGUCUCUAGGAAGGAGCCAAGCCUCCAAACUCCUCCACAGACCGUAUAGUAUGUGUUUAACUGGUGUUCGAUGACAUGGGAGGACAGUUCCAUAGGGCAGUCAUGCCAAGGUAGAGAAUCUUCUGUUACAUAUAUCUCCGAUAUAAACAGUCAUUUUUAUUCUCUUUAUCCAGCACUGUUGCUUUUACAUUCAGGAAUAUCCUAUGCUUUUUUCAUUAUUUUUUUUAAUCUAUAUUCACUAAAUUUCUCUUUGUUCUUUAUUUAUAGCAUUCUUAUCCUCUUCACAUAUUAUAGCCAUUACUACAAACUAUGUUACCUGUACUCUCAGACAUAUCUUUAUCUUACAGAUAUCUAAUGAUAGACAAUCACAGUCAAAUCACAUCAGCGACUGUCGUACACAUAAUUAUAUGCUCACAAAUUCCCAGUUUCCUCCUCUAGUCCGCAUGUUUUGAUAAUGAGGAAGUUUGUGAAGUCUGAGACUCUGCUAUAGCGACCUGCUUUGUUGAGCCAUGUUCUAUUACUACCAGCGUUCAGUAGCUUUACGUUGGCUCAUGCAAAAGGCAAUUGAAAAUGUAUUAAUUCAGGUCUUCGAGCUUGUAUAGUGUUUGUUCAUCAUCAUUGUAACAUUUAUUUUUAGGAAGGAAGAGUAUGGUGUGGAAAGCCAGAAAAUCACAAACAAUCAAAAUAAUUCACCAGAUUCCAAAGAAAGUGAUAAUAUGGAUCUUGAUAAUUCGAUUCAAGAAGGCCAAGAGAUGGAAGAAGAUGCAUUUUAUCCACAGCAAAUUCAACAGGGCAGUUGUGAUGAUUGGAGAAGUCAGGCCUUGGUGCCAAUGAGCGGAUCACAUAACCAGCUUUCAACUAAUUCCUAUCCUUGGUAUUAUUCUCUGUACUUCUGGUGUCAGAAUGGCGGUAACGCAAGUGUAAUGACACAGUCUUAUCAAAGAUCUUACAGUAUGCAACAGAACAUUCCAUAUGGUGCACCUCCAUCGUUCUCUAUGCAGAAUUCUUAUGCUGCAAGUCAGUCUUAUUCCAAUUUUGCUAACCAGAUCCAGUCUUCCAUGAUUCCAACAUCUGUCCCAUUCAGUGGAGGAAUGACCUACGCUUACAAUGCUCUGCCCUCCCAGUUUUCCUAUAAUCCUUCAACAAGGGGGGCAUGGUCAUGGGGUAAGUGCAAAAAUGUAUUUCUUGGAUAUUUAAUCAUUUCUUGCAAAAUAAGAUGCAUUGACAUGUAUCAAAGAAGGUAACUCCACAAAUUAUGCCAUUUUCCGUUGAGGAAAAAUAUUUUUUAAUCAAAGGAUAUUUUUUCACUGAUAAGGGUUGUUCCCAUUGCUCCAACAUCCUGCUUGAUAUUUGACCCGCUGACAGGUUUAUUGAUGACACCAUCAGACCUUUGGACUUCUUAUUCUUACCCAUGGGCUUCAUGCACAUUCAUAGGUUAUUCUCUUGACUGACAAUGAUAAGUCUACAUUGUGUGCAAUCUCUCUGUGGGUUGUGCUGUUAAAGAUGGUCAUUAUAAGAUCAUCCUGCAUAUAUAUAUAUAUAUAUAUAUAUAUACAGGGUGUGAACAUUGAAAAAAAUCUGUCCUGACAGAAAAUAAUUUUGAGGGGACACUAUAGUCACCAGAACAACUACAGCUGAUUAAAUUUGUUCUGGUGAGUAGAAUCAGAAAAUGCAGUGUUUACAUUACAGCCAAGUGAUAACUUCACUGGCCACUCCUCAGAUAGCUGUUAGAGAUCUUUCCUGGGUCAUGGCUGCCUAAAAUGCAUCCAAACAUUCAGUGUCUCCUCCCUCUGCAUGCAGACACUGAACUUUCCUCAUAGAGAUUAAUUGAUUCAAUUCAUCUCUAUGAGGAGAUGCUGAUUGGCCAGGGCUGUGUUUGAAUCAUGCUGGCUCUGCCCCUGAUCUGCCUCUUUGUCAGUCUCAGCCAAUCCUAUGGGGAAUCAUUGUGAUUGGAUCAGGCUACCACUUCUGAUGAUGUCAGCGGACUGCUUGUUUUUCUGAGGCAAACAGCAUGCAGAUCUACAGCAUCAGGCUUGAAUACAGUAAGAUUUUGCUAUAUUUAUGGAGGCAUGAGGGACCCAGGGGGCUAGAUGGUGGUUUUAACACGAUAGGGUCAGGAAUACAUGUUUGUGUUCCUGACCCUAUAGUGAUCCUUUAAAUUAGAAAGUUUGGCGACCCUGUUUAGACCUGCACAUUGACAGGGUUAUUUAUUAAUAUUUUUGGAUGAGCUUAUUUAACUGAUUUAGUAUUUUUAUCUAAACCUUUAUAAUGAUUUUUGAAACAUUAAAAUUUAUAUCAAUAUAUAAAAAAUAAUUAUUAAAAUAUUUUCAAAAUAAUAAAUAAUUUUAAAAGUUUAUUCAGAAAAUAGUAAAGCAGCACUGUCAUCAUCUGGGGACUUUGUAUAAUUUGCAAAGACCUCAAUGGUGACAUCAUUGUUAGGGGCCAUGGGGAAGGGGAGGAGGGGGCUAGGCAAAGAUGAGUUCUAUUUACCUUAACCUGUCCUUCACGGUUGCUACCAUCCUUUUCUAUCCAGACUUCUUCUGUUCCUGGCCCUUCAGCUGCCAGGAGCCAUCAACACCAUUUCCUUGAAUUAGUUGAUGCAAUCAAAUGGUCACAGCAUUUUGCAUUUUAAUUUUUUAAAAUAUAUUCUAUGACUUCAAUCUUAAACAGAUAAUUUACAGUGAGAUGAGACUCAUAUAGUUUUACAAUCAAUGAAUAAUUUAGAGCCACCAUUUAAAAUUCAGUUUUUGGAUAAUGUCUGCUGACCAUGUAGUUAAAAGUGUAAAGAAGAAUAGGUAAACAAACCAAAAAAAGAUUAAUCACUGUAUGUCGGAUUUUUAUUGAAGUUUGCAAUAAAGGUGUUUUUACAUUAUUGAGCAAGCAGUGGUAGAAUUUUCCUCACUGAUAACAACAUUAUUAUUUUUCUGCAUUACGCCUCUUUUGUGCCACAUUAAUCUGACAUUUUAAAAACCUUCCUUGGAAGAAUGUCUUAUUUUUCCCUUAAUAAUUUUGUUCAGCUCAUGUCUGAACUUUCUUAGUUGUAUUGAUCAGAUCUCAUAUUGUUUUAUUUGUUUUCCACAAGAUAAUACUUGUAAUAUUGUGUACCAUAUUCUGUCAUGUAGUCUCAGAAUAGCAAGGAAAAUGUAUUGCAAAAUCUAAAUGUUUUGUGGACUUUUAAAGGGACGUUCCAGGCACCAAAACAGCUUAAUGUAAAUUAAGUUUUUAUGGUUCCAGAAGGCCCCUGGAGGCACUCUUACUUCCAGAGGUUAAACUUUUCUCGAACGGUUUUACUCCAAAGUUGCCUCCAGUGGUAAAGUCCACUCCUAACCUGGCAGCAUUUGACUUCUGAAAGAAGCAUAUCUUUCUCAAUCCAGUUUAGUGAAUGGGGAGUCACUGAUUGACUGAGAGUGUCAGCUUACCGCUCUCAACCAAUUAGCAGCACCCCUGACAGGUGGCACUCCACGCUUUCUGAAUCUGAAAAGUCAGAAGCUGGAAUGCCGCCAGGGCAAGAGUGGACAUCGCCGCUGGAGGCAACUUUGGGGUAACACCGUUCUUAAAUGGUUCAACCCCUUGAGGUGAGAGUGCUGCCGGGGGUCUCCUGGCUCCAUAACAACAUCAUUUAGAUUACGUUUUUUCUGGUGCAUUGGGUGGUCGCUUUAAAGGGACACUAUAGUCACCAAAACAUCUUUAGCUUAAUGAAGCAGUUUUGGUGUAUAGAUCAUGCCUCUGAAGUCUCACUGCUCAAAUCUCUGCCGUUUAGAAGUUAAAUCACUUUUGUUUCUGUAUAUGCAGCCUAGCCACACCUCUACUAGAUGUGACUGACACAGCCUGCAUCUAAACAAAAUUGUUUCAUUUUCAAUAGGUUGUAUCUCCUUCUCUCUAAAUUGAACUUUAAUUACAUACAGGAUGCUCCUGCAGGGUCUAGCAAGCAAUUAGCAGAGCAGGAAAUAAGAAAUUCUAAAUUUAACAGAAUUUUGCAAUAGAGGAAGUAUAAACAUUAGAUGACUCUUUACAGGAAGUGUUUAGGAAGGCUGUGUAAGUCACAUGCAUGGAGGUGUGGCUAGAGCUGCAUAAACAUAGUGAUUUAACUCCCAAUAGCAGAGAAUUGAGCAGCGAGACUGCAAUGGCAUGAUCUAUACAUCAAAACUGUCGAUCAGACAUCCAUUCCUGUUACUCAGUGGAGCUAAACUCAAGAGGCAGCAAUUGCCCAGUGCAUCAACCUUGCAAAGACUUAUCAUCGACAGUCUGUGAUUGGACAGCCACAGAAAGUCAGGGCAGUGUUAGAAGUGGAGGGCUUGCAAUUGCAGGACAAGAUCUGCAGGUUUUGCAAUCUAUUUUUAGAUAUACCCACAAUGAAAAAAUGCAUAAAAAUGUAUGCAUGAUAUUAUUGGGAUUAUACCUACUAAACAGUGAUUUUGAUUUAUUUUGUAUUUGGGCUGUAGAGUGUUCCUUUAAUAGACCCUCCCAUCCCUCACCAGAGUGUCCUUCCUGGGUAUUAAAGCGUCUAAAAUUGUAAUAUUUAUUUUUAACAACACAUGCCUCUAUAUAAGACUAGUUCAGGAAUUUGUUUGUAUUUAAUGAUUUCACCUGCUUCAGGAACUAUUUAGAUUGGGACAACUGAGAUCAAUUUAAAAUAUUAUUCAGUUAGGAUAAUAAUGAAUUUAGUAAGGUUGAGCCAAAUAAUACCCUGUAUUUUGCUUUAUAUGGUCCCUAAAGAGAAUUGUUGUUGCAGAGUCAACCUCUGCUAAUUGGUCACUCAAAGCCUGGAAUUAACAAAUUAUUUAUUUAACCCCUUAAGGACACAUGACAUGUGUGACAUGUCACGAUUGCCUUUUAUUCCAGAAGUUUGGUCCUUAAGGGGUUAAUCCACUACCUUAUUUUCUUUUUUUUGUGUAAGACCCACGAAUCUAAAGCAAUUUAAGCUAAAAGGUUUGCACGUUUGAAGUUAACACGUUUGCGAAAUAUUCUUAGGCUUCUCAAAGAGAUGACGCAUUCCAUAGAAGGAAGUUAUUGGGAUACUCCGAUAACUGUUUCCCUCUUCAAAAUGCUAACUUCAUCCCUUUAAUUCAUGACUAGUUGAGCUUUGUGGGUAGUAUAGGGGAUCUUGGAUCCAUUUUGCAGUUUAGGUAUCAGUUUUUUUUCACUACAAAUUCCAGAAAACGUUCCUAGUAAGCAGCAGAUAAAUGGCUUUUGGUUGUUGUAUAUUUCAUCUGAACGUUUGCCACAUGAAAUCCAUUCAGCUGUGGGCAAAACAAAUAUUCAAUAGUUUUAUCUGUAUUAGCAGUAACAUUUGGCUGCUAUCCAGUUGGUUUGCUGUUUUGAUAAUGAUUAGAUUGAACAUCUAAGGAUUCUCAACAACCGAAUUGAAGACAAUUUGCUGUAAUUGUAAUGUUUUAUUUUUUAGGUCAUUGAUCGUGUCAGGAGGAGGGGGACAACUUCAAAAAUAGGUAUUCUAAAUAUACAUCAUGAAAACAAUGUCUAUUGAAUUGACUUUCAAGUGAACCUGCCAUGACAGAUAUAGGUUUGCAGUUUUUUCACUAUUAAAAGCUCAUAUUUUGAUUUAUUUAUAUUUCAUGUUUUCAAUGGGUGUCACACUUUCUGUAAGACACACCUCUCCUGCAUACCCCUGUUUGGAAGCACAGACUUGCUUCCUAUAUCAGGUUAAAAGUCCCAAACACUUUAUAUUAGCUUUGUUUUAUCUCUCCAUUCUUAGAUUGCCUGUCCAAAGCUUUUUCAAUAAAUCAUUCUGGCUAUUUCUCUCCUCUUGCCAUGCUGCUCUCACAAAGCGCCUGCCCCUCCUCCCUACUUUCCCUUGCAGGCAUUGCUUUCCCCUAGGCAGAAUUCAAGCAAGAGAGACGCCCAGAGAAGGGUUUCCUGAUAACAGACAUGCAGAGCACAGCCAACAUACAAACACUGACUAGGAGGAGAGGGAAAGGGCUGUUUUUAAACCUCAGAUGUUACAGAAAUCUAGAUAUUUGUUGGCAAUUCUGCUAGCAUGAUGUAUAGAUGAAAUUUGAUUCUCUAUAAUUUAGGAUUACGUUUUAUUUGUCAUGGCAGAUACCUCUUUAAAUUUCUUUGUGCCUCAUUUUCCUCAACAUGUGUUUUUUUUGUUUUUUUUAUUGUUCAAAAUGGUUUCUUUUGCAAUAUGCCAAAUGUUUGCAUCACCAAUGCCACCUACUUUAUUCAUUUAUUAUCUUGACUGUCUACUCAGUUUUUGCUUUUGAGGUUUUGUGUUUUGAGGAUUUUUCACUGUCUGUAAUCUGCAAAUUGUCUUCCACUUUGUAAAAUUUAAAGAUCAAUUUUAAAAUGAUUAGCAGUUUAGUGGCAAUAUCAGAAAAUUAACCCUGAAUGUGGUAAAGGAACACUAAAGCGUUAGAAAUACAAACCAAUAUUCCUGAUGCUUUAGUGUCUCUGUGCUUAGCAAGACAUUUUUUACAUACAUUUAGCACUGCAGGGGAGUGCUGCUUACCUCUGCUACCAGGACUUCACAGAGAAGGUAAGUCCUCUGCAUUUGUCCAAUCCAAUGCUCACCACGAGGAGUAUUGGGGAACUGAUGUGCAUGCGCAGAGAUCAUUCAAACUUUCCCAUAUGGGAGCUUUCGCCUCACUUGUCUGUUUUAUUCAGUCAGAAACGCCUCUGGUGACCAGUAGAGGUGUACUUAAAGGGACACUCCAGGCACCCAGACCACUUCGGCCCAUUGGAGUGGUCUGGGUGCCAACUCACUCUACCCUUAACCCUGCAAGUGUAAUUAUUGCAGUUUUCAUAAACUGCAAUAUUAACCUUGCAGGGUUAUGUCCUCCUCUAGUGGCUGUCUACUAGACAGCCACUAGAGGAGACUUCUGUGUUCAUAGAACACGAAAAGUGGUUUAAAACGACGCUGGAGGUCCUCACGCUAUGUGAGGACCUCCAGCGUCGCCGAAAUCUCCAUAGGAACGCAUUGUAUAAUGCUUUCCUAUGGGGAGGUCUAAUGCGCGUGCUGGACUCCGGUAAGUCACUGAAGGGGUUUUAACCCAUUCAGCAACUUGGGAUGGGGGGUGGGAGGUAGAGGGGUACUAGAGGGUCCUGCAGUGCCAGGAAAACUGAUAUGUUUUCCUGGCACUGGAGAAUCCCUGUAAAGACAUUGCAAUUUAAAAAAAAAAAAAAAAAAAAUUAAAGGACCACUGUACCCAGUCCACUUCACUGAGAUGAAGUUCUUUAAUUCCAUUACAUUUGGUCUCUGCCCAAAAAAUACACUUGAUAAAGUUCAAAUAAAGUGUAGGAAGUCCAACAUGUUAUAAAACACCAAAUUGCUUUCAAACUGCUUCACCUAUCCUGCUGAUAUUCACCUUCCAGACCUUUGGCUACGGACCUCGACCUGUACUAUGCUUAAUUUUUAUGUGCUUUUAUUCACUGUCUUGGCACUCUUUUCAUCCUAUGCCUCCUCGGGCAGUAUUUCCUUCUGUAAGUGUGUACAUAUAUGCUUCUAAACUUCAAUUCACAGCUGUUUGGGUUUUCUUUACACAGGAGUGUGUUUUUUACUGUUUUCUGAUCUUUCUUAUUUUGAUUUCGACUCUUCCUGAUUAUUCUUCUCUCUGUAAUCCCUUUGGCUUGUUGGCACUUUGACUAUCAUUUAUCAAGUUACAGGUGAUUGUCACCUUUCUGAUUAUUUAUUAAGCUUAGUCACUGUAAUUGAUCGCCUGGCACCCUGACUGGGUACCUCCGUUUGACGGAUGCUCCUAGUGCUUCCCGAGGGCUCCAAGCACUCCACUGGACACCAUAACCAGCGCAAACCACACGAACCACCGCAGCUUGGUUGGGGUCUCGCUGUCUUCCUCCUACUCUGGGCCCAAGACCAGGGUACAGCUUCCAGUAGGUAGACCUCUUACAGGAGCUUACUCUGGGGAGUAUAAUGAUUAUAGCAAUCCCCAGAAUGUAGGUAAUUCUCCAAUCCCCCAAACAUGAGCCGAAACUUCAUGAAGGUACAAGAUGAUCUCAUUUAUUGAGCACAAAAGCAUUUCUUAUAUACAGUUUUCCCCACAAGGUUACCACCCACGUAGACCUUGUGGAGCACAGGACACAAAGUCACAACAACCAAUCAACACAGUAUUGUACAGUUAGACAGUCCCAGCUAAUGUACACAAACCAUCCUCUCUGCCUGUGAUACAAUUACCAAACACAAUGGACUAACUCAAUUACCACAGGCAGAAAAUAUCCAGUUUUACCGAAAGUCCAGAAACACCCCAAAACAACAACAUAUCCCCAUAAAUCCUACAUCCCUGGAUAGCCCUGAUCUGGGUGAACAAUAUAUCCAAAAAUCACCCAGAUCAGAGCAGGUAUUCAAAAGCUUUAUGGAAGUCACAUUUGACCGACCGCAAGUAUGUCUUUCAUGCCCAAAACAGUUCCCCAGAUUUAGGCUGUGCGGCCGGUCUAUCUUCUCCUCUAUCCUGGAGAUAAUUGGCUUAAGUGGCUGUGGUAACUUAAUUAUCUCCAGGUACAGGAAAUAUCUCUAAGUUAAAAACUGUUACAAAAACCACAUAAAAAUACAUAACUCUUAUAAUACAAUGUUUAACCUAUAUGUCCAACAUAUCUCCAGAUAGCUUGGAUCUGAGCGCUCAAUAUGUCAGAAAAGUGCUCAGAUCUCACUAAUACAGUUGGAUCACCAUGGCGUUAAACAAUAGCAAGGAAAAAGGGGGAGGGGAAGAGGCACAUUUUCCCAUGGAAGUCACUUUUUAGGCAGUCUUUUUGCAGGGCCCACAGUCUUGGGGCAAGAGGCUGGCAAGCAGGCCUCUCCAAUUCCAGUGACGAAGGUGCUUUCGUCACAGUCAUCACUAAGGACCAGUAAUAUGCUGCAGGCAGGUGUACGCACAAAGGCUCCCAGUGAGUUAUGGGAGAAUGCAGCCGUAUCAUAGAAGAGCCACUAUAGGUAUCUCAGUAGAGUGGUCCCUUAAGAGAAGUAUCCACGAUGUACACAUCCUGAAAAGUGGAGUUGGUCUUUGCUCCUCAUACCCAAGGCAGUUUAGCUGAGGCUUGCAGUGUUACCACACUUCCUAUUAGCACCAUUCUUUUCUGGCUAGAAUAUUUUAACCAUAGCUGAAUUGCAGAUUGGAGAAGGUUGCAGUUACAGUGCCAAAAUUGUCUUGGUUGCCAUGGAACUUCAAGGCCUGGAGGGUAAGAGUAUGUGAGGCAGGCUAAAUAUAUAGUUCUUCAUACAUUCAUCUAAUCACUCUAUCUAUCACCUGUUCCUGCACUGUCAAGUGUGUUAAACAAGUGUUCCAUAUGCCUUACUGCCAUCAAUCCUUGAAAAUAUUGUAAGUCAAUCUUAUUUAAUCUACUGUGCUGCUUCUAGUCUCAUCGGGGGCCAGCUAUGAUUCUGGAGAUUUUGUUGGUAAAUAUCUGAGGUGAAGUUAUUCCUGGUAAGAAGGGCUUGAUUCACAGUUAAAUCAUCUGACUGUCUACUAGAGAUAAUACCAGGUAUGCUUUCCAGACUCAUUCCGAGAGCUACCUGGUUUACUUCUCUUCUCUAACCCUGAAACAAGUAACAGUGUCAUUCAAAGUUCUAUAGUAACCUAUUAAUGACCAUACUCCUCACCUUUUUUACAAUUCUGCUGAGCUACCUUGAGUUACUUGACAAUGCCAGAACUUGGCACACACGUUACAAUGUCUUACAGACCUAAGUUAGCAAGAAAGUUACAAGAAAAAAAGCAUUAAAAAAAUAGUAUAUUACAUUUUGUAAUCAAUACUUUUGUUUUUCUGUAGCUUCUGUUGGUUAUUGUUAUGCUUAUUAUGUAAACUUUUGUAUUUUUUUUACUUGAAUUGAAGCAUUGCAAAUCCAAUGACAUUGACUUGAUGCUUUUUCAUGAACUUUAUAUUUUUAUUAUUUGUAGAUUCCAAUUUCGGAAAAAAAACCCUGCAAACACAAAUCCUGAAAGUACAGGAAGACAAAACCACAAGAAGAAUUUUUUGAAGGCGACAAAUAGCUGUGUGAUAUAAAGUAGAAACAUUUUAUUCACCAGAUAAAAAGAAAAAAAACGACUUCCUAGUUUUUUACAACUUUGCUAGUUUGGCAUUCAUUUUUUUAGCCAGCACUUCCUUUAGAUAUUGCACUGAAUAUAGUAAACUCUGUAGUAUGUUAGUUUUAGUUGCCAGAAAAGCUAAAUAAUAGUUUUCACAUUUGGUAGAUAGCUUGUGUGUGCUAAUAUUAAUACUUGCAUUUUGAAUUUUAAGGCAGUAUUUCUUUUUUAUAAGCAGAUUUUGAUAUUUUUGUAUCUUUUUAAACAUAUAUUUUCUCAAGCCGCUUUGAUAGAUUAACAUUUCUUUAUUUUAUUAAUCAACGUGCUUAAUCGUAUUGGUGCACUAAUUUCCAGUAUAUCUAAAAAUGUUUUACAUAUUUUCUGUUUUUAAUUGCCACGUGUACCUUUCCAAUGGCCAUGUGAAGCGUUUUGCCAUUUAGGGCCCAGAGUGGGGUCAUUUAAACAGAUCAUACCUCGAUAUAAAUGUUACAUUUGUUGCAGUUGACAUUGUUGUUAUGUUCUUAAUGUUUGUGGAUAAACUGUUAAGUUGUUUUGUUUUUCUUUAGCUUUAUUUAAAAAGUUUUGUGUUUGGCACAUACAUGCGUGAUUUUAGCAGAAGUCACAAUCAGCGAAGGUCCUGCCAUCAGUGCUUUAUACAGCACCUCAACCUUUAACUUGCGAGCCACGGCUGUCUAGAUACUGCCACUGAUUCCAACCUGUGGACUGUAGCUGACACCAAUUAGGGUAAUAAAUGUCAUGAACACAAUGGCUAUAAAUCUUCGCAGUUCCCAUUACGUGACAGUCUAGGAGGGUGUGAUAUCGUAUAUUUUGCUUCUGGCAUUCUAAUGAUGACCCAGCAUAGAAAGGACCUCGCUUACAGUAAUUGUCCACUAGACACCAAGAAAGAUACCCUCCCGUGGGAAAGGUGAAGCUAAAACAAAACUGGUACUUCUUCCUGUAAAAGCAGUGUGAAGUGCAUGUGUUUGUAUGUCUCUCUGUCUUUGACAAUGUAUUUGUGUGUGCUUUUGACUUGGAGUAUGUCUGUCUUUGUGGAUUUAGCAAACCUGGGAGUAUGUGUGUUUGUACCUGGCAAUGUGUAUAUCUGGGAGUGUGGAUGCCUCUGUGUAUCUAGUAUGUGUGUGUCUAUGUAUGUUUGAGAAGGUGUGUCUGAGUUUUUGGGAGUUUGUGUGUUUGUCUGAAAUUGUGUAUGUAUGUGUUUUUCUGGGGUUAUACAGCUGUUUAUAUAUGCACUUUUUGUGCAUGAACCCUCAAAUUUUACAUCAUAGAACUGCCCCUGGUCAGGAACAAACUUUUGUGAAAAAAAAAUGGGGGUCAUGGUCUUUUGUAGUACACACCAUCUUAUGAUAUCACACGUGUGUACUAUAAUAGCAUUGUUUCUAUAAAAUGUUAAGGCAAACAUUUACCUGACAGAACAACCUUAACAUACUAAUUAUGCUGAAAGAAAAAGGAAAGUCUGUGUAUUAGUCAAAAUGUUCUAUGUUUAAACACUUGUCGUUUGGGUAUGCACAAAUCUUACUUAUUUGACUCCUUCAGUUGGUUUCUUAUUUUUAACAUUUCUGAAAAUGUAAAGUAUUUGUAAAGGUGAAGAACAGUGUACCACCCUUUGUUCUUUUAGUAACAUUUUGUAACAUUGUGUUUUUUAUGUUUACUGUUGACAGUAUUUUUUUUUAAAUUCUUCCAAAAUAAAUUAGCUACAGUUAUUUAUAACCAUUUAAAGUGUCCAUGUUUUAUUUAAUAAAUGGAAGUAUGCUUUUAUUUUUAUCAAAGCCCCCUGUUAUUUGCUGCUAUGAUAUUUUCUACUGUACUAUAAACAUUGGUUACGUUUUAGGUAUCCUUUUGUCAUGAUAGCAUGGCUUUUAGUGCAGCCCCAUCAUCUCACUAAAAACUUGAGUAUUUUAUCAAGAUAAAAUCUUGAUAAAAUACUCACGUUGAUUGUGUUAGAUUGAAAUUCCAACACAGUCAAAAUAUAACAAAGUAAGGACCAGUUUGUCUUAUCGUAAAGCCCAAGGUUGACAAAACUUUUGACAUGAAACUUUAUUUAAAAUCAAAGUAGCAAAAUAAAACAAUAUUUGUAUGUUGAAUCCAUAAGUGUUGUAUAAGCUGUAUCAAAUAGUAUUUAUUUAUUUGUAUAAUUUAAACUUGACUAUUAUUUUGCAUGAAAAAAAACCUCAAAGGGGGUCGAGUGGAGGACGUAGGGGGAUCGAAGGUUGCCGGGUGGAUGGGUCCCCCACGGCCAAAGAGUGGAUGUACAAGGGAACGUGGUAGGGUGUGCACUAUGGGCGGGGGGGUGGACAAGGUGGAGAUUGGGGGGGGAGGAAUAGACCUGCAGACUCCAAUACACACGCACAUAAUUUAAAAAACAUAAAUAAAAUCACGGAUUGGUUUAAAAGAUACAUGGAAUAGAGGGGAACGCAGAAAUGGGGAGACAGUUCAUGGUGAUGGCAGAUCUAGUUCAGUCAAAGGGAGCCAUAAUGUAUCACACUCAUGUUCGUGUGCCAAACCCAUUAAUUACUAGGAGGAAGGGGAAUGGCCUGGGAUAAUGGGAUGGGGGGAUAGUCGACUCAGCCGCCCUCCAUAGCGUGAUAUAUUAUAUCACUCUGACACAGUUAGCUGGGAAAGAAAGAGGCGGGGACAUUAAUGGGGGCUUGGGCCCGAGGAGGGGGCUAGUGGAACGAGAGCGGGGUCGCAUUGGGGAGGGGGUUGGGGGGACUAGCCGCAUGUUAUUACUGUUUACUAUGUUAUGAUGUUCUGCUAUUGUAUCAUUAAACGUUUAUACAAGAUUACACAAGCUACACGGUUGUCUGUACUAUGGAACACACUGGGAUGGGGAUCCGGUUGGAGGGGGACUGGCUGCAACCAACCUAACACAAUAUACAAUCUCUGUCCUGACCCUGGUUUAGACAUAGACAACAGUUUCCUAUCCACACUUGCGCACGUCUCUCGGCGGAGCCACAGGUACGUUCACGCACCGGUCUGGUCAUCGGGGCGACACCUGGCCACUCCUGCUGUGCCACCAGUGCCCCUCCUCUCCUGAUGGGGUAUCGUGGUUCCUCAUCUCUCUUUCACCAUGCUGGGGAAUUACCCACAAAGGGGGAACCACCUACCCCUAGUUUUACCUAUCUAUCUAAACACGUUCACACAUACACAACUCCCUACAUUCUCCCCCUCACAAACACCUGGGCAACGAGUCUUCUGACUGGACAUAGUGGACGGUGAGCAACAUAAUUACUACACCGCGGACGCAGGCAGUGAUGGAGGGAGGCCCCAGGUGUCCUGUUCCACGUGGCUUAGUGCGGACUUCAAACGUGACUGUACAUAACCCCUGACAGAGCACUCUCACGGGUUGCCCCGCCUUGCCCGGCACCCCGCCUUCCGUGGGCGUACCCCUUGCGCAUACCCCAGUUACGGGGAGGGACUCUGCCACGAGGGGAACCAUGGCAUACCGACACGCUCCCCUGUCGGUUAUGACGCUUAACGACAGAGGCCUAAACAUACUCGAAUGCCGCACACACCUAUUGAGGGUACUACGGAAAAAACAUAUAGCGAUAGCAAUGCUGCAGGAGAUGAAUUUCAGGGAGGGCUCAGCUCCCAGACUCCGGAGCAGUCACUACUCUGUCAGCUACUGCAACCAUCACCCCGAGGCACGUCGGGCAGGUGUCGCUAUAGUUCUCGCCGCUGACCUGGGAUUCCAGGAAUUAGACAGAAUGGUGGACACACAAGGACGAUUUCUCUUCCUGAAAGGCGUCAUUGCCGAUAGAAUAUACACAUUAGUAACCAUAUAUGUACCCAACUCAAAGCAAGCAGUUCCUUCGGGGGACACUAUCUGAGCUGCAGGGCUUCUCGGAGGGAGCACUGUGUCAGGAUUACUGUUUGAUCCAGCACGUAGAACUGUACAGCACGGAUGACAAAUAAGUAACGUAUUACCGGUCCUUAGAAUGGCCGGAUUUAACGUACAAAGAAUAGUCAAAAAUACUAGCCGAGGUCAGGGAACACAGAAAGGGACACAGCGAUGAGGAAAGCCAGGAGUCAGGAUACCAGAAUAUAGAGAAGUCAAUAAACAAAGCCAAAGUCAAAAACCAGGUAGAAAACUAUAAACAGGAACGCGCUCUCAGACAACCACAAGGGAAACCACGACAGGGCACUGAGCAGGCUGAGAACUGGGCCUAAAUACCCCUCCUUUAGUUCUGAUAGGCUGUAACCGGCCUUUGACCCCAAAGUCAGUUACCAGGUUUCAUUUGCAUAAUUGCUGCUCAGCAUUAACCCUUCUGUGGAUUAGGUUGCUGCUCGGCACAACUUUUCCUGUGUGGACAGUAAAUGUCAUUAACCACAUUUCUAUAAGCGGAUGAAUAUGUGACACACUGAUCAUGGGGGGGGAUUUUAAUUCCCCACUGGACCCACUAGUGGAUUCACCUACGGGUCACAGCUGCCUCUCACAACUCCACAUUCAUGCCAUUCGCAAAUCGCUGGGGGAGAUGGGACUGGUUGAUUGCUGGAGAACGAUUCACCCCACCGGCAGAGACUAUACGCACUACUCGGGGCUCUAUAACCGCUAUUCCCGGAUUGAAUACCUGCUCAUUCGACAGGAGGGUCUCUGUCGCCCACGAUCCGCUUCCAUAGAACCUGCCAAGUGGUCGGACACAUGGAACUUGAAUCACCCAUGUUUAAACCGGCGACGUGGACCUGGCGACUAAAUUAAUCCCUACUUCAGGACCCCUAAGUAAGAAGGGAGGUCUCCCAAGCGUUGGAACUUUUCCGGGAAAACAGGACUGAAGACACCUCUCCGAUCACAGUUUGGGAAGCAAAUAAGAGCGUCAUACGCAGCAUACUGAUCGGCAUUGCUACCCACAAGAAGAAAGCUACGAGAUGACAGAACUCUGUGGCACCAUCUCGAGGCUGGAGCUCCAUCAUAAAUGAUCUCACCUCGUUGAAAUAUAUGGGGAACUGUUGGAGGCCACACGGCGAAUGAAGACCCUCCUCACGCAGAGACACUACUGCACACUACAAAGCUCCAAAAACUUUUUCUAUACUCAUGCGAACAAGGGAGGAAAGUUCCUUGACCGUCUCUUGAAAGGAGAUACCCCCUGUACACAGGUACGGAAACUACGAUUGUCAUCGGGAAAAACGUCCUUAUACCCAGAAGACAUUGCCGGGGAAACUACUACAACACUCUAUACAACCUUCACCACUGUGAUGAACCGAUCCAGGGAAAGGAAACUUCGACGCGUAUACAAGACUACCUACAAGACACUGUGCGGAAACGUGUGAACCUGGAUGCAGCGAUCAUGCUGGACGAACUAAUUUGCACGGAGGAUUUGGCUGCGGCUUUGAAGACCAUGAAAACGGCCACAGGAUAUUAUAAGCACUUCUCCGCAAAGCUUAUACCAUGGCUGACAAAAGCGAUCAACGCGGUGGCAGAGGGGGGACAAUUUGGUAUGGAGCCCCUGCUCAAACCCGGGAAGUACCCGGAACAUUGCAGCAGUUACCGCCUGAUCUCCCUAUUAAAUGUGGAUACAAAACUCUUUACAAAGGUCCUAGCGACCAUACUUCAGCGUGUGUUACCAAGCCUAGUUCACGUAGACCAAACCAGCUUUAUCCCGGGCCGGGAAGCAAGGGACAGUACACUGUGCCUAUUCUCCUUUCAACACCAUGCCCAGAAGUACCAGGAACAUCUUCUACUGCUAUCCACGGAUGCAGAGAAGGUGUUCGACCGGGUUAACUGGGCAUAUAUGAUUCAAAUGCUCCAAGAUAUGGGCCUAGGGCAGAGAGUCCUUAAGUGAAUUUCCGCCCUGUACAGCACGCCACGUGGCCCUGACCACUAGCUUUGGAAUCGCUAAUGGCACCAGACAGGGUUGCCCCCUGUCGCCGCUCCUAUUCGCCCUAUCCCUGGAGCCCCUACUACAGGCAAUACGUGAACACCACGACAUCCAUGGAUACACAUGGCAAGGAACAGAACACAAAGUGGCCACAUACGCAGACGAUCUUCUCUUCUUUGUCUCCCAACCAUAGAUCACACUACCCUGCCUGCUCUCAGAAAUCAAAAGGUUCGGCCGAAUAUCAGGAUUCAAGCUCAACCUUGCGAAAUGCGAGGCGCUGAAUGUCACUAUGCUGACGAACGAGUAUACGGACCUUGACACACUCUUCCCAUUUCACUGGUGUACCAGUGCGAUGAAAUACCUUGGCAUCUGGGUGACCACUGACCCGCUGGAGGUGUAUCAGCGUAACUUCGCUACCUUAUUGCAGAAGAUAGAGACAGACCUGGGAAAAUGGGCUUACCCACAGAUCACAUGGCACGGCCACAUAGCGGUACUUAAGAUGAAUGUGCUUCCAAGAGUUCUCUUCUUAUUCCAGACCAUUGGCAAUAUCAGCGACGUUCUUUGCAACUUUGAAAUCGGCAGCUACCAAGUAUGUAUGGAGAGGGGAAAGAUCCAGAUUGCUUCAUGACUUGCAAUGCCUGCCUCGAUAUAGGGGGGGCCGAGCAUUACCAGACUUUAAAAAUUAUCAAGCCGCAACGCUACAACGAAUUCUCGAAUGGCACGAAUUGGAAGAACCUAAACAAUGGGUGACCUAGGAUCGGGAAGGAGAGACAACAGGAUUAAAAUCCAUGAUAUGGAAAAGAUGAUCGACCCAAAGCAGUAGGGGACCCAGUGGCACAGACACUCCAAAGUGGGAAACGCUCAGAGGUUUCUCCCACCCCCUGCCCCUGCUCCCGAUAACACACAACCCCUGUAUCAGGGGCAGACCCCCCACAGAUGCGUGGACUUUCCUGGGUGGAGAAGGCUACAUCCCAAUCUGCAGAGUCAUUCGGGAGGGCACCAUAAGAACUCUAGAUACACUGCUGGAAGAUAGACCGCGGACUCCUAUGCUGGUACUCCGAUACAUGCAGCUAAAACAUUAUUACAACUCACUCCCAAAUAAAGAUCGUCUGUAAAGAGACCUAACAUGGUUCGUGGACCUCUGCUUCCGGGGAUCCUCCCUCGAAAAGUCGAUAUCUACGCUUUAUCAGCACAUAGUGGUCGGCACCACCUCAGAUAACAAAACCUUUCAACGGCAACGGGAGAGACUCCUUGAUAAAUCCUUCACGCAGGCUCAAUGAGAAAAAGCCUUACUGUGGUAACCCAAAAGCUCCUCUAGCUCCCACUAUCAAGAGGUUAAUUACAAAUUGAUAUCCAUGUGGUAUAAAACGCCAGUACUGUUACACAGGAUUUUCCCUACAACACCACCGAUAUGCUGCAGAUGCCAAGAGGGCAGAGGAACAAUGGUGUACAUCUGGUGGGAGUGCAGUGUUAUCACCCCGUACUGGGAUCAGAUUUGACUAGAUGUGCGGCAAAUCCUAGGGAACGACACCGAAUGGUCAGUGGAACUGACCUUGCUACACAUCUCCACACAAUCGAUCUCCUCAUAUAAAAAAAUCCAUACUGCGCCACCUAUUAAAUGCUGCCAAAUCUCUCAUACCGGUAUACUGGAAGAAAACCGACAUCCCCACAUGGGAGGAAUGGAUCCACAGAGUCGAAGACAUCAGGGCCGCUGAAGCGCUACAGGCGGACCUGGCGGGGAGGGGGACAAGAUACGAGGAGACUUGGGCACCAUGGUUCGCCUUUAAAGCAGGAAUAUAAAUGGACACUACAGGGCGCUCGGGCGGGGGCUGAGGGGGCGGACGGUGGGGCAACCCUCCCAUCAUCCCCACAUAUGCUGCUACGAUUUACAAUUACUUCCCUAUGCAGGCAGAAAACUGACCGACACCAGACCAGACUAUAGCUCAAUUAACCCAGACUUGAAAAUAAUUUGUAUUGAAGAGACCGUAAGACACAUGCGGAGAAGCUCACGCACACCUCCCUGGGUAGAUACAGGGACCUAUCACUGCCCUGUAGGAUACGGAAGAUGGGGUAUGGGCACGGACCACAACACAGAAAGGGUCUCUAAAACUUUUUAGCCACUCGAGCCCUAGUAGAGACACGUGGACUACCAUAGCGACCCAACAUUCGUUGAUCGACAACAGACGAUAAUAAGAUUGAAUCCAUCUACACUACGAAAGUACGCCAAAAAUGACAAUGAAUUACGGAAGAACGCUGGUCACCUUGGAUCCUCCACGACGCUCAUCUCAUACCACUGAGGGAGACAGAGUACAGUUAACUCCUCGCUAUUCAUGCCAACAGGCGGGAAUAUAACAUCCACUUACCAAAAUAAUACAGAACCCAUCGGAAGACUCUACCUGCCCACCCUGCACAAGCAUAUCACCACACUUACACACACGCCCCCUACCUCUCCCUUACUCGAGACGAGGAACCCUAGCAUCAUACAGACCAGACGUGAAACAAGGCCGAAUGUCCGGAUGGCUAUCACAGACACUGGGAAGCACACCCACAAUGGUAUGGGAGUGUUUGAACGCAAGAGAACACGGGAUAACCUUCCACAGGCCCAUUGCAUCAUAUAUUACUAA